ACGAUGCUGCACGACCUGAACGCUCAGGAGAAAGACACGGUGACCUUCGAGGUGACAGUGAACAACGAGAACGUGACGUACAAGUGGCUGAAGAACGGCGUGGAGAUCCGCUCCACGGACCGCUGCCAGGCGCGCUGCAAGCAGCUGAUGCACACGCUGAGCAUCAGGAACGUUCACGGAGGAGACAGCGCCGCCUACAGCUUCAGCGCCGGGUCGGCCAUCACCACCGCCAAGCUCCACGUGGAGGCGCGCGUGGUCGAGUUCACGAAGCACCUGAAGGACAUGAAGAUCACGGAGAAGAAGAGGGCCACCUUCGAGUGUGAGGUCUCCGAGCCCAACGUGCAGGUGAUGUGGAUGAAGGACGGCCAGGAGCUGGAGAUGUGCGACAGAUAUAAGAUGACCUCAGAUAAGUUCGCCCACCAGCUGCUGCUGCAGUCGGUACGCCUCUCUGACGCCGGAGAGUACACCGCGGUGGCCGGGUCCAGCAUGUCCAAGGCCUCGCUGGGGGUCCUGGGACGGGACAUCAAGAUCUCCAAACCCGCCAGCAGGGACAUCACCGUUCUGGAGAAGCAGCGCGCCACCUUUGAGCUGGAGGUGAACGAGGACGAGGUGGAGGGCCGCUGGCUGAGGAACGGCGUGGAGAUCCAGUUCUCUGUGGAGCAGCGCUUCAACUACGUCUGCAUCCGGAGGAUUCACCGCCUCACCGUGACGGAGACCUUCAGGAGCGAUGCGGGAGAAUACACCUUCAUCGCCGGGAAGAACCGGACCACCAUGAACCUCCGAGUCAGGCUGCCGGAGCCUCCUCAGAUCGAGCGGCAGAUGCAGCCUCAGACCGUUUCCUCCGGGCGCUCGGUACGCUUCACGGUACAGGUGAGCGGCCUGCCGAUGCCCACUGUCUCCUGGUACAAAGACUCCCAGAUGCUGAUCACAGACUCAAAGUGCAAGAUCCUCCAUGACGAGAACGAGCACACGCUGAUGCUGCUGGACGUCUACCCCGAGGACGCCGCCGUCUACAGCUGUGCCGCCAGGAACGACUUCGGAGAGGCCAUGAGCUCCGCCACCCUCACCGUCGAAGUUCACGAGACUGAAUCCCGGGUUUCUGCCCCGGUGCUCAAAGACCCCAUGAGGGACCUCCUGGUUGCAGAGGGGUUCCCGGCCCAGUUCCAGUGCACCGUCUCUGGGGAAGAUCUGCAGGUUUCCUGGUUCUAUGGCGACCGAGAGGUCAGGGACUCAGACAUCUUCAGGAUGUCUCGUUCUGGUGAAACUUACCAGUUGGACAUUUCUAAAACCCUCUCCAAGCACGAGGGAGAGUACUCAUGUAUGGCCUCAAACGCAGCAGGAAGGGUCACCUGUGCUGCGACUCUGAAUAUCGACGUCACUGCAGAGGAACAGAAACCUGGAGCUCAGGUCCGCGACGAUUUGAAAGCCUUCUCUAGCUCAACCCUCGUAGUGGAAGAGGACACCCGGGACUCGUACAACACCGGCCUAAAGCUCCCAGAUAAAACCAGAACACUUGAACUCAAACCAGAUUCCAAACGUUUCUCCAGUUCUUUGGAGAAGAAAAAAGAGAAACCAGUUUUCCUCAGCAAACUCUCUCCAGCCGCUGUGACUAUCGGAGAAACUGCUAGGUUUACCGUCACUGUGUCCGGUUUCCCUAAGCCCGUGGUGCAGUGGCUCCACAAGGGGCAGACCAUAACGAGCUCCCCCGUGUACACGUUGGUCCAUGAGCGAGACGAGUACAGCUUAGUGAUUAACAGGGUUCAGAGGGAGUUUGAGGGUGAGUACGUCUGCACCGUCAGCAACAGAUUUGGCCAGUCCACCUGCACUUCUUACCUGCAUGUUGAGGUGAAGGAGCCAGAAAAGCAGGAGAGAGUAGACAGGAAGAGGUUUGUAGCAGCAGGGAACCCCCCAGAGUUCACUAAAGCCAUCGAGUCCCAGCAGCUGUCGGAGGGCGGUCAGGCGUUCUUUAGGUACGUUGUGACCGGAGACCCUUUCCCCAGCGUUCAGUGGUUUAAAGGCAGCUUGCACAUUCAGCCCGGUGGGUUCUGUAUCAUUGUGAACAACCCAGAUGGAUCGGGCUUUAUUAACAUCAAAGAAGUCAAACUAGAGCACAGCGGCAUGUACACCUGCAAGGCCUCCAACCACCAUGGGGAGGCCUCCUGUUCUGCAGAGCUGCUCGUGUCCACAGCUCAGAAAACUAAAGGUCUGAAAAUAUCCAUGACCGAACAAACCACAGAGUCCAGAUUAUACCAGAAAAGGACUCUGUCAGACCAGAUGAUUUACACCAUCAGUACUGAGGACCGGCAGAUUAUCCCUAGUGAGGAGGUGGGCACCCUCAGAGAGCUGGAUAUCUCCGCCGCCACCCUGCACCGUGAGCAGAUUACCCAGCAGGCCGCGGUGCUGCAGGCGCACCACAUACAGGAGAGGGUUUCUGUGGCGGCCACCCACCCCCCUCAGGUCUCAGCUGUUCCCGUGAAACAGCUUCACAUGGCCACGUUCCUAUCCUCGGUCCAGGAGAGGCAGAAGAUCACCGAGCAGCACUCCGAGCGGAUCCUCAGCCCAGAGAUCGUAGAGCUCCAGCCGGCCAAAGAGAGGCUGACAAAGCUGAUGUCGGCCACGUCCCAACAGGUCCUGCCACUCAGCUCCGUGAGAGCCGAGGCCCUGACAGACUGGGUCCCAGAGCAGGUCAGCACUUGUAUUGAAGCCCGGCAGCUCGUUAGCGGUCACCAAGUGGACACCCAUCUGCCGAUCCUUGAUGAAACCUCGGGCGUGACCCUCAGACCGGAGGAGGAGAGGAGCUUCAGGGUCACAGAAGGGGUUAAGAUCUUAUACUCGGCUCAGUCUGCAGGGCAGCUGCCCGUCACUGAGAGACACUCAGAGCCGCUGCCAGCUUUAGAUGCAGCCUCUCAGCCUCUGAUUGAGAAAGAACAAUCUAAACCAGUUGUAGCACCAAUGAGUGAGACCCGUUUGGCUUUAUCCAAAGAGCAGGAGUUUAAAAUCCACAGACCAGAUCAGGAGAGCAUCACCCCCCACAAAGACUUUCUCUAUAAAUCAGCGGUAUCUGCUGAAGAGAAGUACCAGCUGCAGGGGGAGGAGGCAGGGCGGCUUCCGGGUUUAGACUCGUCUGUGAGUCUGCAGCCUCAGCAGGAGGGAGAAAGACUCCUGAACCUACAGGUGAUCAGUGACCAGGAUGUCCUGCAGUCUGAAGGCAGGUUCAGCAGUGAGAGGCCUCCUGUAGAGCAGGCUGUGGCCAGGAAGAGUCCCACUGUGUUGCAUUCAGUGACUGAAGAAGACCACAGAACAGCGGUUUGUGAGGCAAGCUCAGAGUUCUCAGCAAAGACUGCCGCGGUGUCCGUUCAGCCGAAGAAAGAGUCACCGCCAACUAAAUACCUCCAGUCAGUUCACUCUCUAUCAGUUCUGCCAAAGGAAGGGAUAAUUACUGUCUCCAAACCUGACCAGCAGGUGGCAGCACAGAAACAGGAAAAGGCUCGGAAGCAUGCAGCUAGCUCAGAGGAGAGGCGGGAGAUCACAGCAGAUUAUCACUCAGAUCUGGAUGUGUCGGUGACCGGGGUUCAGACCCAGCUUCGGACCGAGCCCUGGCCUCUAAACAUCCUCAUGGUCUCCUGCCAGCAGAUGGCGCUACCCAAGGAGAUGCCAAUCAUUACUGACGUUCAGCAACAGCGAGCGCUGGUCCAGAAAGAGGACAGCUGGAACAUCAAGCAGUCUCUGAAUGUAACAGACACUCAAAGCCUUGAAGAGGGUCACACUGACAACAUUCAAGCUGAUGAGAAAUGGAAGCCUGCAAUGAAGGUUGAACCUAAAAUCCCCAAGAAAACUAUCUUUAUAGAGGAGAAGGCAGUUGCUAAUGAAAGCUGUACUAUCUUAGAGGCAGCAGAGCAGGACUUUGCAGUCCAGAUCCAAGAAGGACAGUCAGUGCGACAGUCUGUGCUGUUAGAAGAGAAACAGGUCAUUAUGGGAGAGCAGUCCAGUGAGAUUCAUAAAUCUGAAGCCUCGAUCGUCAGCGUCCUGACCCAGCCUGAAGGACCUCUGUUUGUCCAUGAGUGUCAGGACACUCUGACCCUCCCCAAAGAGCUCAACUUCAUCAUUCAGAUCCCCAAAGCGUCCAGUCUGAAUAUACGACGUCAGCUCAGAGACGCUCUGCAGUCGGCCGUGGCCAGCGAUCAGCCGGUGCUUCUGGCCGACGUUGUGGGCCGGUUAGAGGCGGUGCAGGUGCAGGAGGUGAAGGUUCAGAGAGAGCCCAAACGGGCCUCAUCUACAUAUCUGAUCACAUCUCCAGGCGUCCCGAUGGAGAUCACUGUGUCUUUUGAAGGGCAAUACCCUCAGACGGCUGACCUCAGGUCUGAACUGCAGGUCGCUCUGCAUGCUCUGGUCUUCCAGGAGCAGCAGAGUCUCACCGCAGAGCAGCCGGGCACCAUGCAAAUCGACAAGCCUCAGAAAGUGCUGCUCAGCUCAGCGUCCUCCAGAGAGGUCUUAUCGUCUGUGGUGGACACCAAAGUGUUGGCAGAGAGCGCCGUUGGGUUUCCUCCCAAUGUGUCUCAGUCCGCAGCCGUCAAAACAGAAGCCAGUGCUUCCUUCCAAAGUGUGACGGUUCAGAGCCGGACUGAGGUUCACGAGUCGCGGCAGGUGAGCAGAAAGACGGUCCGUUCAGAGAGGACUGCCGGCGCUGCUGAGGCGACCAGAACCGGGCCCGUGUGUCAGAUCCCUGCUGAACAUCUUGUGGAUGUUAGUGUCCACAGAGAAACCAGAGAGGAGUAUCUCUCAGAGGCCGUCAUGAUCAGCGAGUCCUCCGACAGUCUGGCUGAUUAUCCCGUUGUCGUUAGCUCUCUGGAAGAUGUUUGCGUGGAGGAAAACGGUAAGGCAGUUUUUACUGCCACGAUAAAAUAUGUCGCCAAAGUGAACUGGCUUUUUAACGGUAAACUGCUGAAAUCUGGAAAAGAGUUCAAGUGUUCUGCUGACCAAGACACAUACACACUAGUUAUCCACAAAGUGGUGAAGGAGAGGCAUCAGGGGGAGUUUGUCUGUGAGGCUGAGAACGAGGCCGGCAGGACGACAACGUCUUCACGACUCACUGUGGUCUCCAGAGUGAAGCCUGUGUUCAGGCACAGGAUCGCCCCUGUGGAGAUCAACACUGGCAACAUUGCCAAGUUUGAAUGUGAAACUGAAGACGCUCCGAAUGUGAGCUUCAAGUGGUUCAAAGAUGGUCAGCCCAUCAAAGAAGGAGAUAAAUACAGGAUUAUCAGUCGCUUCAGGACCUCCUCUCUGGAGCUGCUGAGCCCCAACAGAGAGGACAGUGGUCAAUACUCCUGUAAGGCGAUCAAUCAGCACGGCUCUGACGAAUGCUCCGCCUCCCUCAAAGUGACGGAGCAAUGCCCCCCCGCCUUUAUAACUAAACCUGACCCUCAGACAGUGUUUGUUGGAAAGAGGGCUCUGAUACAGUGUGAGGUAACAGGAUCUGCUCCACUGAAUGUGGUCUGGCUCAAAGACAGCCAGGCCUUGCCCAAAGUGCCGACACACUACCAAAUGUCUUGUGAAAAGAAUAAGCACACUCUUGAGAUAACCCGGCUGGAGCCUUCAGACCGGGGGCUUUAUGUGUGCCAGCUGUCCAACAGUGUUGGCUCAGCUGAGAGCAGCAUGGAGCUGCGGGUGGUGGAUAAGCCCAGCUUUGUGCAGCCUCUGGGCCCUAUGGCUGCUGUGGUCGGGGCCCCUCUGCACCUGGAGGCUCAGGUGGAUGAGGACACCGGGGUCACGGUGUCCUGGACAAGAGACGGUAGAAAGGUGCACCAGUCUCCGGACUGUAAACUGUCCUUUGAGGAUAAGACCGUUACCCUUGAUAUCCAAAAGACCACACUGAGAGAUUGUGGGAAUUAUGUGUGCACAGUGACAAAUGAAGCAGGGAGUGCCUCGUGCUCCACCUCAGUGAAAGUCCAAGAGUCGCCGGUCUUUGUAAAGAGGCUGGAGGCGAGUUCGGCCUGGAGACAGGGCAGCACCGCCCGGCUGCAGUGCUCCGUCAAAGGGUCGCCUGAACUCCACACCUCAUGGUUCUUUAAUAACAGCCAGCUGUCAGCAGGCGGCCGGUACGAGAUCAGUCUGAAGGACGGGGUCACCACUCUUGAGAUAAAGGAUGUCACAUUGAGUGACAGCGGGAACUUUACCUGCGAGGUGCUCAAUGAGUCGGGCUGUGAGAGCUGCAGCACUAAGGUCACAGUGAAAGAGCCGCCCUCUUUCAGGAAGGAGCCCCCUUCCUUAGAGGCGGUCCGAGGGUCUGUAGCGGUGCUGGAGUGUGAGAUAUCCGGCUCGGCACCAUUCGAAGUGUCUUGGAAAAAGAAUAAGAAGCGCCUGUCGACAGAUAAGAAGUACCGCAUAUUGUCUCAGGGAGCCCUGAGCUCUUUGGAGAUCCACUCCUUCGAGAGCGCUGACGCUGGGGAGUAUGAGUGUGUGGUCUCUAACGAGGUGGGGUCCGUCACCGCCAAGUCACUGGCUAAACAGAGAGAGCCUCCGAUGUUCUCUAAGAGGAUUGAGAGUGCUACAGCGGUGCUGGGAAACACAGUGAAGCUGCAGGGGAGUCUCAAAGGCUCCACACCCAUCACUGUGAAAUGGAUGAAAGACUCUGAGCUGCUCAGAGACGAUGAUCCAACCGUCAAAAUGAUUUUUGAGAACAACGUAGCCUGCAUUUCCUUCUCAUCCUGCGACAUUAAACAUGGCGGCAAGUACACUUGCCUUGCUGAAAAUGAGGCGGGACAGCAGAAAUGUGAAGCUGUGUUAACAAUUCAAGAGCCUGCUAGCAUCCUAGAGAGAGCCGCCUCCAUCAGUGUGAGCACAGGAGACUCGGCCACACUGGAGUGCACCAUCACAGGAAGCCCAGAGCUCACAGUGAAAUGGUUCAAAGACGGCAAGGAGGUGAUCAGUGGCCGCAAAUAUAAGAUGAGCGUCAAGGAAAACACCGCCGUUCUAAAGAUCCUCUCGGCAGAUAAGGGAGACUCUUCAGAGUACAGGAUGGAGGUCUCCAACAAAGUGGGCAAAGACGAGUGCAGCAGCUCCGUCACUGUCCUAGAUCGAGCCGUCCCACCGUCCUUCACCAAGGCUCUGAAGAAGGUGGACGGCAGUGUUGGUAGUAAUGUCACCUUGGAGUGCCGAUUGGCUGGAUCUCAGCCCAUGGUUGUUAACUGGUUCAAAGAUGAUAAGGAGAUCCACAGCCAUGGCAAAUAUAAGGUUGACUUCACUGAGAUUAAAGCCUCAGUGACGAUAACGGGUCUGACUCUGAGCGACGGGGGAGUUUAUACCUGCCGGGCGGCUAAUGGUGCCGGACAGAAAGAGACCAUCGGUACUCUGUCCAUCAAAGAACCUCCGGUCUUCACGGUGAGACCCGAGUCCCAGGACGCCUCACCGGGCUCACAUGUUGUGAUCAAAUCAGCCUUCACAGGAUCCGCUCCUCUGGUGGUUAAAUGGUUUAGAGAGGAGAAGGAGGUGUUCACUGGGGGGAAGUGCUUCAUAAAGAAAGACUCCUCUUUCAGCUCUCUGGAGCUUCAGUCUGUAAAACCCAGUGACUCGGCUAAAUACACCUGCCAGGUGUCCAAUGAUGCUGGGAAGGUGGAUUGCACCGCAGUCCUCUUUGUGACAGAAGCCCCAACAUUUACAAUGAGGCUCGAGCCUUCACAGCUGCUGAAAACCGGACAGCCUUUAAAGCUGUCCUGCAAAGUGCAAGGCACGCCUGUUAUUGCCAUCAAAUGGUUUAAAAAUGGCUCAGAGAUCUGUGCAGACCGCAGACACAGCAUGUCCUUCGAGAGCUCUGUAGCGUCUCUGGAGGUGGACAGCUGCUCCGUGCAGGAUAGUGGAGAGUUUGUGUGCACGGCGUCCAGCGAGGCCGGCAGCGACCAGUGCAGCACCUCCGUCACGGUCCAAGACCCUCCAGAGUUUGUGAGGUCUUUUGAAUCAGCCGAGCUCGUAAAGGGAGCCGACAUUUUCUUGGAAGGACUCGUUUCAGGUUCCCCUCCAUACGAAAUAAACUGCUUCCUCAAUGAGAAGCUGAUCAGAAACGACCAAAGACAUAAAGUCAGUGUUGAGAAGGACACGGUCACUCUUCACAUCUCAAAGUGUGAGAUGGCUGACGCCGCCACGUACCGGUGCUCGGUUACUAACGAUGUCGGAGAGACUUCAUGUUCUUGCCAGAUUUCCCUGAAAGAACCCCCCUCAUUUAUUGAGAGACUAGAGGAUAUGUCCUGCAUGGUGGGCUCUGAGCUCACUAUGAAGUGUUUGUUGUCUGGAUCACUUCCCAUGACUCUCUGCUGGAUCAAGGACGACAUUGAGCUCUCAGAAGACGAGCACAUUAAGAUGUCUUUUGAAACUCAAAGAGCAGAGUUGGUUUUGAGAAAUGCUCAGAUAUCCCACGGCGGGAAGUAUGUGUGUCAGGCUCAGAAUCGAGCCGGGACUCAGCGAUGUGCCACCAUGCUCAUAGUCAAAGAGCCCCCUCAGUUUACCCUGAAACUCCCCCCCACUACGUUUGUGAAGCAGUGUGAGGGAUACCGUUUCGAAUGCAAGGCCAUCGCCUCACGCUCCCUGAAAAUGUGCUGGUAUAAAAAUGACCAAAAGAUAACGGACGGAGACAACUACAGAACUAUGUUUGUCGACUCGACUGCGUACCUGCAGUUGCAAAGCACCAGGUUUGCGGAUAACGGCGUCUUCACCUGUGAGGCGCACAACGAUGCCGGCAGUCUGAGCUGCAGCACCGUGCUCACUGUCCAAGAGUCCCCGUCCUUUAUCAAAACUCCCAGUCCCGUAGAGGGCGUUAAAGGGAAAGAGGCCAGCCUGCACUGUGAGGUGUACGGCACUCCGCCUUUCGUGGUUCACUGGUACAAAGAGAAGCGGCCAUUGAAGGAGAGCAGGAAGUAUAAGAUGGUCAGUGAAGGCAGCUCGGCCACGCUCCACAUUAUGAAGCUGGAGCAGGAGGACGCCGGCCUCUACGAGUGCAGAGUGUCCAACAAUGUAGAAAGUGCAACCUGUCACACUACCGUUAGCCUGAGAGAAAAACCAACGUUUGUGAAGAAGCUGGUGGACCAGACGGUGAGCGUCGGCCAUCAGCUGACUCUGAGCGCCACGGUGAGAGGCUGUGAGGCCGUGACCGUGUCCUGGGUGCAGGACAAGGAUCACAUCCUCAGAGACGGGGACAACAGGAAGAUCACCUUUGAGAAUAAUGUGGUCACCCUUGUGGUGCCUAAAGCUGACUCCACCACCGCUGGCAAAUACACCUGCCGGCUGAGCAGCGAGUCUGGCGUUGUGGAGUCCGUCUCCCAAGUGACGGUUCUAGAACCCGCCGCUAUUGUGGAUAGCCCAGAGUCCCUGAACGUGAAGUCAGGAGAGAACGUCUCUCUUGAGGUCAGAGUAUCUGGCUCUCCAGAGCUGAACGUUAAGUGGUUCAAAGAUAGCAAAGUGCUGUCUACUGGCGCCAAGUACCAGACGUCCUUCACAAAGAAGGUGGCCGUCCUGAAGAUCCGCUCUGCUGACAAAGCAGACGCCGGAGAGUACAAGCUAGAGAUCACCAACAACGUUGGUACCGCAUCUUGCAAAACUAAACUCUCUGUGUCAGAUAAGUUGAUUCCACCGAGCUUCAUCAGGAAGCUGAGAGACACCCAGCUUGUUGUUGGUAAGCCGGGCGAGAUGGACUGUAAGGUCACUGGCUCUGCUCCUUUAACCACUUCCUGGUUCCACAACGGCCAGGAGGUCAAGAGCGGGCCGAACUACGACAUUAGCUGCACCGAUAAUACCUGCAAACUGAGAAUCCCGACAAUCUGCAUGUCCGACUCUGGCAAGUACACCUGUAAAGCUGUAAAUGCUGCAGGGGCCAGUGAGACCAGUGCUUCCAUGAAUGUGACAGAACCUCCAUCCUUUGUGGAAAAGCCAGAAGCAAAGGAAACGCUGCCCGGCAAAACCGUGUCUUUCUCGGCUAAAGUGAAAGGUAGCGCCCUCCUGAAGGUGAAAUGGUUCAGGGGAGCCAAGGAGAUGCAGCAUGGCCGGGGCUGCGAGGUGGCCCUGAAGGAUGGGGUCGCCUCUUUGGUGCUCCAAAAGGUGGAGAAGUCCCACGCAGGAGAGUACACCUGCCAGAUCAUUAACAACGCAGGGAAGGAGAGCUGCCCUGUGAACCUGUUUGUGAAAGAACCGGUGCACUUUGUGAAGAAACUGAGGGACGUUUCCUCUGAGAAGGGGAAGCCUCUGUUGCUCGAGGUCACAUUUGCAGGCACUCCCAGAACCAACGUGACCUGGAAGAAGGAUGGUAAACUCAUCUGGGCCUCGUACCAGUACAAUGUGACCACCACAGACUCCUCCUGCAUCCUGGAGGUCCUUAACGCAGACAGGGUGGAGGCCACCGGUAGAUACUCUUGUGAAGUAGACAACGGAGUCGGAAGUGACAGAUGCGAAGCACAGAUUUCAAUUCUAGAACGACCGUACUUUGUUGAAAAGAUGGAGCCAGUGGAGGUAUGUCUGGGCGAAGCAGUAACCUUGAAAUGCAGUAUUUUAGGAACUCCCGACAUCUCCCUAGCUUGGUUUAGAGCCGGCGGAAAGCUCCGCAAAUCUGACACCUGCUCCAUGGAGUUCUCUAAAGGUGUUGCCACUUUGAAACUGACCAAAACCACCAAGUUCGAUCACGGUGAAUACGUCUGCACGGCAGACAACCGGAUCGGAUCGGCCUCCGCCAGCUGUAUCCUGACAGUGACAGAACCGGUGCGCUUUAUCAAGAAACUGGAAGACACUACUUUCAUGGUUGGUAAGCCUCUGACUCUGGCGUGCACCUACGCCGGCAGUCAGAGGGUCUACGUCACCUGGAAGAAGGACGGCAAGAUGAUCUGGGCGUCUUAUCAGUAUAACGUUAGGACGACUGAUUCAGUUUGCUUCCUGGAUGUCCUCAACAGCGACCGCCCAGAGGCAGCUGGGACUUACACUUGCGAAAUGUCCAACAAAGCGGGAACAGACGUCUGCCACGCACGUGUCACCCUAGAGCCGCCGUGCUUCCAAACAAAGCUGGAAGACACUCUUCUCAGACUCGGUGAACCUCUGAGCCUCAGGUGUACGUACACCGGGAGCCAGAGGAUGAGCGUCACCUGGAAGAAAGACGGUAAACUCAUCUGGGCUUCAUACAAGUACAACGUUAAGACCACCAACGAUUCCUGCGUCCUGGAGGUCCUCAACAGCGACCGCGAAGAAGCCGUAGGAAAAUACACGUGUGAACUGUCUAACGCUGCGGGAACCGACGUCUGCCACGCCGAUGUCAAACUAGAGCCCGUACGCUUUGUGAAGAAGCUGGCGGACGUGAGCCACCAGCUGGAUAAGCCUCUGAAGCUGCAGUGCUCGUACUCCGGCAGCCAGAGGGUCUACGUGACGUGGAAGAAGGAUGACAAGCUGAUCUGGGCUUCUUACCUCUACAAUGUCAAAAUCACCGCCUCCACCUGCACUCUGGAGGUCCUCAACGGCGACAGGGCUGCCUCGGCCGGGAAAUACACGUGCGAAAUUUCCAAUGCCGAAGGCAGUGACACCUGUCACGCUAACGUUAAAAUAGAGCGCAAAGUCCCUCCCAACUUCACCAAGAGGCCCUCGGAGUCCAUGAUGGAUUCUGUGGGUAAGAUGGUGAAGAUGGAGGCUCGGGUGUCCGGCUCGCAGCCGCUGAGCAUCACCUGGUACAAGGACAGCAACCAGAUCUACGGCUCCGACAAAUACGCCAUGAGCUUAGAGAACAACGUGGCCGUGCUGUCCGUCAGAGACUCCAGCAGCUCUGACGGCGGCGUGUACUCCUGCGAAGCGUCCAACGAGGCCGGCAAAGCUUCCUGUCGGGUGACUCUGAACAUCACAGAAACUGGCCAGGCUCCGAAGUUCGAUGUUCCUCUGGAGCCGGUGACGGUGAACGAGGGCGAGAAGCUGAGCCUGAAGUGUCAUGUGACCGGCUCCCCUCCUCUGAACAUCCAGUGGAUGAAGGACAGGAGGGAGCUGAAGUCCAGCGGGAACACUCGCAUCACGUUUGUUGGCGGGUCGGCCUGUCUGGAGGUCAGCCUGGCCUCAAAGAGCGAGGCUGGGGAUUACCUCUGCAAGGCUUCCAACGCCACCGGCAGCAACUUCUGCAAGUCCAAGGUCACCUUGAGAGACUCAGGAGUGAAGGUUUCCCCCCCGGAGGCCGCUGCCCCGGCUGCAGCCGCCCCCGUCAAGAGGCUGGACAACCUGUUCUUCAUCGAGGAACUGCAGACGGUUUCUGCCACUGAGAAGGGCACCGCCACCUUCAUCGCUAAGAUCAGCGGAGACCCGAUCCCCAGCGUGAAGUGGAUGAAGGGCAAGUGGAGGCAGAUCACCCCCGGUGGUCGCAUCUCCAUCGAGCAGAAGGGCCAGGACGCCAAGAUGGAGAUCAGAGAGGUGACCAAGUCGGACUCGGGUCAGUACCGCUGCGUCGCCACCAACAAACACGGAGAGAUCGAGAGCAGCGCCGACCUGGAGGUCAGCAAGAAGGAGGAGGCGGCGGGACUGGGAGACAUCCGGACCCGGCUGAAGAAGACUCCCUCGAAGCAGAAGAGUCCCAAGAAGGAAGGAGACUUCAACAUCGUGGACCUGCUGAGAGAACACAACCCCAAAGACUACGAGAAGAUCCUGCAGGAGCACGGCAUCCACGACUACCGUGCCAUCCUGCAGGCCAUCGAGUUCCUGAAGAGGGAGAAGGAGAUGGAGAGCGGGAAAGUGGAAGUGGAGCAUGGAGGCCAGGUGGAGGAAGAGGACAUGGCUCGCCUCAUCCAGCAGCUGGAGGGACGCGUCAGCACCGAGCCGGUGUCGGUCCUCGAGGAUAUCAGCGACCAGUCGGCUCCGGAGAGCCAGAGCGCCACCUUCCAGUGCCGCCUGCGCAUCAACUACCCCGAGAUCUGCCUCACCUGGUACAAAGGCACGCAGAAGCUGGAGGCCGGAGACAGGUACGACAUUGGCAGCGAGGGCGAACGCCACUUCCUGAAGAUCAAGAAGUGCUCGGGCCAGGACCAGGGCAACUACCGGGUGGUGUGUGGACCGCACAUCUCCAACGCCAAGCUCACCGUCACAGGGGAACAGAUCCAGUUCACUAAAAGCAUCCGGAGCAUCGAAGUGAGCGAGCGCCAUCGCGCCACCUUCGAGUGUGAGCUGGGUUUCGACCACGCCUCCGUGGCGUGGUACAAAGGAUCAUGGGAGCUCAGCGAGAGCCCAAAGUACGAGUUCAGGACGGACGGCCACCGCCACUUCAUGACCAUCGUCAACGUGACAGCGGAGGACGAAGGCGUGUACUCGGUCAUCGCUCGGGUCGACGCUCUGGGUGAAGCUCGCAGCUCGGCCGAGCUCUUCCUGUCGGGCCGAGAGGUGGGCUUAGGCAGCGCCCCUCAGGACGUCCCCGACUCCCUUCAGUUCCCCGGCGCUGCCUGUCUGUUCGUUAGAGAUUCCUCUCAGUCUUAUCUCUACGAAGAACGGACAGUGACAGUGUCUGAGGUUUUCAGUUCGGAGGAUCAGAGAUCUUCAGCUGCCUUCAGAGAAUCUGAAGCGAGGAAGACGAAGGACGAGCCAAUGCGAGGAGACGCCGACCAAUCAGCAGACAAGGGACCAGUUUCAGCACCUGGACCAACUACAGAUGGAAAACCAUCAGAGGAGGCGCCAAAGGGCCGAGGCCGAGGACUCGGGGCGAGACAGACCCCGUCUCCCGGUGAUGCCGGCAGAGGCCGCGGCCUGAAGCCCGGAGGAAGAGGCCCGACCCCCCCGGAGGAUCCCUUCGGAGGGUUCAAGCUGAAGGCGGUGCCUCUGAAGUUCGUGAAGAAGAUCAAGGACAUCUUGCUGCUGGAGGCCGAGUCCAUCGGAUCCUCCGCCGUGUUCGAGUGCGAGGUGUCGCCCUCCACCGCCAUCACCACCUGGAUGAAGGACGGCACCAACCUGCGCGAGGGCCCCAAGCACAAGUUCACCGCUGACGGCAAAGACCGCAAGCUGAACAUCAUCGACGUGCAGCUGUCGGACACUGGCGAUUACACCUGUGUCGCCAAGAACGCCGGCAAGGAAAUCACCUGCACCGCCAAGCUGGUGGUGGAAGAGCUGCCGGUGAAGUGGGUGAAGGACCUGGAGCCGGAGACCUCCUGCAUCAAGAGCCAGCCCAUGUACCUGACCUGCGAGCUGAACAAGGAGCGCGAGGUGGUCUGGAAGAGGAACGGGGCGCUGCUGAAGAAGAAGGCCGGCAAGGUGGCCAUCAAUAUCAUCGGCAUGCAGCACGCCAUCACCAUCCAGAACGCCACGGAGGAGGACUCCGGCACCUACACCUGCGAGGUGGAGGGCCAGGAGGACGUGAAGACCACUACCAUCGUCAAGGUCAUCGAGGUGAUCAAGGACUGGCUGGUGAAGCCUCUGAGGGAUCAGCAUGUGAAGCCGAAAGCUAAAGCUACGUUUAAGUGCGAGCUGUUCAAGGACACCCCCAACUGGAAGUGGUUCAAGGGAGACACUGAGCUGGCUCCGUCGGACAAGAUCCAGAUCGACAAGGACGGCAAGAACGUGACGCUGACGGUCAACAACUGCCAGGCGGACGAUGUCUCCGACUACAUCAUCGCCGUGGAGGACCGCAGAUACUCCGCCAAGCUCACCUUGGGAGAGCGCGAGGCCGAGGUCCUGAAGCCCCUCGCCAGCCAGGAGGUGGUGGAGAAGGAGGAAGCCAACUUCGACACAGAGAUCUCCGAGGAGGAUGUGGUGGGCGAGUGGAAGCUGAGGGGACAGGUGCUGAUGAGGUCUCCGACCUGCGACAUUAAGUCUGAAGGCAAGAAGCGGUUCAUGACCCUGAAGCAGGUUCAGCUGGACCAGGCGGGCGAAGUGUCCUACCAGGCGCUGAAUGCCGUCACCACCGCCAUGCUCACCGUCAAAGAAAUCGAGAUGGGCUUUGUUGAGCCGCUGAAGGACGUUUCUGUGCCUGAAAAGAAACAGGCUAAAUUUGAAUGCACCGUCACCAAGGAGGUGUCCAAGGUGCUGUGGUUCAGGGGGGCCGAAAUUGUCACCCCCAGCCCUAAAUAUGAGAUAAUGGAUGAUGGCAGGAAGCACAUGCUGAUCAUAAACAGCUGUGAGUUUGACGAUGAGGCCCAGUACACGGUGGAGGUUCUGGGCCAGCGGUCCAGCGCCCUGCUGGCGGUGGAAGGCAUGAGGCUGAAGUUUGUGCAGCAGCUGAAAGACCAAACUGUGAAAGAAGGUAAAACGGUCCGCUUUGAGCUCGAGCUGUCGCACGAUAACGUGCCCGUGGUUUGGUACCGCAACGAGGUGAAGCUCCACGUGAGCAGAACGGUGCUCACGCACGUGGAAGGGAAGAGACACAUUCUCGAAAUGAGGACGCUGUGUCUCGAUGAUACCUGCCAGAUAAAGGCAGAGGCCAAAGGCAUUUACUCCAUGGCCAAGCUGACAGUCAUAGAGGGUGACGCGGUGUUCGUGGUGAAGCUGCAGGAUUACACUGCGACAGAGAAGGACGAGGUGUCUCUGGACUGCGAGCUGAGCAAAGACGUGCCGGUCAUGUGGUUCCAUGAGGAGACGGAGGUCAUCGCCUCCAAGACGUUGCUGAUGAAGAGCGAGGGCACCCGCAGGUCUCUGGUGCUGAGGAAGGUGGAGCAGAGCGACAAAGGGAAAUACGUAUGUGACUGCGGGACGGACAAGACGACCGCCAGCAUCAACAUCGAAGCUCGUGACGUUAAGGUGGUGCGUCCGAUCUAUGGCGUGGAGCUGUUCGACGGCGAGACGGCGCGCUUCGAGGUGGAAAUCUCUGAGGACGACGUCCGUGGCCAGUGGAAGCUGAACGGUGACGUCCUCACCCCGUCCUCCGAUGUGGACAUCAUCGAGGAGGGAGGAAAACACACUCUCAUCCUCUACAACUGCAAGGUGGCCAUGACGGGCGAGGUGGCGUACGGCGCUGCCAACGCCAAGUGUGCCGCCAACCUGAAGGUCAAAGAGCUGCCGAUGAACUUCCUGACGCCGCUGAGCGACGUGAACGUUUACGAGAAGGACGCGGCGAGGUUCGAGUUGGAGCUGUCGAGAGCGCCGAAGAGCUUCCGCUGGCUGAAGGGAACGCAGGAGCUGCAGAAAGACGAAAAGUACGAGAUGAUCCAGGAAGGAAACAUGUACGUCCUGCAGAUCCGCUCCGUCGCCUACGAGGACGAAGCCAAGUACAUGUUCGAGGCUGAGGACAAGAGGACGAGCGGCAAGCUUGUCAUCCAGGGUAUCCGGCUGGAGUUUGCUAAGCCGAUCAAGGAUGUGACGGUGAAGGAGCGUGAGACGGCAGAGUUCAGCGUGGAGCUUUCUCACGACAAGGUGCCGGUGAUCUGGUACAAGAACGACGUCCGGCUGCACCCCAGCAAGGUGGUGCAUAUGUCGGACCACGGGAAGGUCCACACGCUGGCCUUCAAGGAGGUCACCAUCGACGACACCUCCAUGAUCAAAGUGGAGGCCAUGGACAAGAGCGUGACCGCCAUGCUCACCGUCAUCGAGGGCGACCUGUACUUCACCACGAAGCUGCAGAACUACACGGCGGUGGAGAAGGACGAGGUGAAGCUGGUUUGCGAGCUGAGCAAAACCACCGCUGACGUGAAGUGGUUCAAAGACGGGAAGGAGAUCACGCCCUCCAAGAACAUCGCGGUCAGUACAGACGGGAAGAAGCGCAUCCUGAUGGUGAGGAAGGCGGAGAAGGCCAACAUCGGAGAGUACUCCUGCGACUGCGGAUCGGACAAGACAGCUGCUAACCUCAAUAUUGAAGAGAGAGACAUUAAGGUGACCCGGCCGCUGUACAGCGUGGAGGUCACAGAGACGGAAACAGCCAAGUUUGAGACGGAAAUUUCAGAAGAGGACGUCCACGGGAACUGGAAACUGAAGGGAGAGGCUCUGCACCAGAGCGCUGAUGUGGAGAUGAAGGAGGAAGGAACGAAGCAUCUGCUGAUCCUGUACAACGUGAAGAUGGAUAUGGCCGGAGGAGUCGACUUCUCCGCUGCCAACGCCAAGUCCAACGCCCAGCUGAGGGUCAAAGCGCGCUCCAUCGGGCUGCUGCGGCCCCUGAAGGACGUCACGGUGACGGCGGGCGAGACGGCCACCUUCGAGAGCGAGCUGUCGUAUGAAGGCAUCGCCGUGGACUGGUUCCUGGGCGGGAAGAAGAUGGAGGCCAGCGAGAGGUCAUCGCCCGUCCUCAGAACCAGGAGGUGGUUGAAGGAGAGAAGGCGGAGUUCAGCUGCUCUGUUUCUAAAGACUCGUACGAGGUGAAAUGGUUCCGAGGAGAGAAGGAGGCGCAGGAAGGAGAGAAGUUCUCCAUUGUGAGCGAGGGAAAGAGACGCGCUCUCAUUGUGAAGAGCUGCGAGGUGAAGGACGAGGGAGCGUACGUGGCCCACAUCGGGGGCGUGAAGGCGUCCGCGGAGCUGACCGUCAUCGAGAAACUGAGGGUGAUCACGCCCAUCAAGGACACGGAGGUGAAGGAGGGAGGAGAGAUCGUGUUCAACUGCGAGACGAACACAGAGGGAGCGAAGGCCAAGUGGCUGAAGAACGAGGAGACCAUAUUCGAGAGCAGCAAGUACAUGAUGGCUCAGAGAGACAACGUGUUCUCGCUGAGGAUCCGCGAGGCCAGCAAGAACGACGAGGCGGUGUACACCAUCAGCCUGACCAAUCAGAGAGCAGAACAGGCCAAGUGCAGCGCCCGCGCCGCCGUGGCAGAGGAGAAGCUGCGGUUCCUGGACCCCAUCGAGGACGUUGAGACUCAGGAGAAGAAGACGAUCAGCUUCACCUGUAAGGUGAACCGGCCCGAGGUCACGGUGCGCUGGCUGAAGGCGGGACAGGAAGUGACACUCAGCAAACGCAUCGUGUACCGCGCCGACGGCCUGAAGCACACGCUCACCGUCAAGGACUGCGUAAUGGACGACGAGGGCGAGUACACCGCGGUGGUCGGAGACGACAAGUGCGCGGCCGAGCUGAUCAUCAGCGAGGCGCCCACCGAUUUCACCGCACAGCUCCGAGACACCACCAUCACCGAGUUCGAGGACGCAGAGUUAACCUGCAAGAUGAGCAAGGAGAAGGCCGCCGUCAAGUGGUACAGGAACGGACGGGAGAUCAGAGAAGGACCCAGGUACCACAUGGAGCGUGAGGGGAAGACGUGCCGGCUGGUCAUCAAGGUGUGCCGGCCGGACGAUGAGUGUGAGUACGCCUGUGGUGUAGACGAGAGGAGGACCCGGGCCCGGCUCUUUGUGGAGGAGACCCCGGUGGAGAUCAUCAGACCCCCCCAGGACACGUUCCAGCCCCCCGGCUCCGACGUGGUGUUCGAGGUGGAGCUGAACAAGGACUGCGUGGAGGUGAAGUGGAUGAGGAAUAAUAUGAUCAUCGUGCAGGGAGACAAGUACCAGAUGAUCAGCGAGGGCAAGAUCCACCGGCUGCAGGUCUGCGAGAUCCGGCCCAGAGACCAGGGCGAGUACCGCCUGGUGGCCAAAGACAAGGACGCCCGCGCCAAGCUGGAGCUGGCAGCGAUCCCUAAGAUCAAAACCACGGACCAGAACCUGGUGACGGACGCAAGGAAGCCCUUCAUGAUGACGGUGCCGUACGACGCGUAUCCUCGCGCCGACACCGAGUGGUUCCACGAGGGAACCAGCCUGCCGGUGCAGAACAUCGACACCUCGGCCGACAAGACGGAGUACCGCAUGAAGAGCCCCCGCAAGGAGGACCGCGGCCGAUACCGGAUCCUGAUCCGCAACAAGCAUGGAGAGGGAGAGGCCUUCAUCAACCUGGACGUCAUCGACGUCCCCGGGCAGGUGAAGAACCUUCGAGUCGUGGACACGGCUGACGGAGAGGUAAGUUUAGCGUGGGAGGAGCCAGAGAGCGACGGCGGCAGCAAGAUCUUGUCGUACGUUGUGGAGAGGCGCGACAUAAAGCGUAAGACGUGGACGCUGUCGACGGACCGUGCCGACGCGCCCGAGUACUGCGUGAGCGGCCUGCAGCGAGAGAGCAAGUAUCUGUUCAGGGUCUGCGCCAAGAACCGUGUCGGCAGCGGACCGCUCUCUUCCACCGAGGAGGCCGUGCAGGCCAAGAACAAGUUCGACGUUCCCGAGGCCCCGCAGAACGUGGCGGUGGGCGUGGUGAACCGUUACGGUGCCACUCUGUCCUGGGAGCCCCCGCUGAAGGACGGUGGCUCGGAGAUCACCAACUACGUGAUCGAGCUGCGUGACCGCACCUCUGUGAAGUGGGAGGCGGCCAUGGUGUGCGCCGCAGUGGACCGCUCGGCCACGCUGAACGACGUCGUGGAGAACAAAGAGUACAUCUUCAGGGUCCGCGCCGAGAACAAGGCGGGCAUCGGCAGGCCCAGCGCCGCCACCAAGCCCGUGAAGAUCAUGGACCCCAUCGACCGUCCAUCCCCCCCCCUGAACCUGAACUACAGCGACCAGGUGCAGACGGCUGUCACCCUCACCUGGGAGACGCCCAGCAGCACCGGAGGCAGCAUGAUCACCGGCUACAUCAUCCAGAAGAGUGACGACGGCUCCGACAAGUGGAUGCGCUGCAACGCCCGGCUGUGCCAGGACCUGCACUACCGCGUGUCGGGUCUGAAGCCGGGUCAGAAGUACCUCUACAGAGUUUCUGCUGAGAACGCCGCCGGACUCUCCGACCCCGCGGAGCAGCUCGGCCCCCUGCUGGCCGACGACCCACACGUGGGUCCCCACUUCGACCUGAGUGGCUUCAGGAACGGUCUGGAGGUCAUCGUGCCGCAGCCCCUCACCAUCAGGGUGCCGAUCACCGGGUACCCCACGCCCGUCGCCAAGUGGACGUUCGGAGACAAACAGCUGAGCACCGCCGACGAGCGCGUCUCCAUGACGACCAAACCAACCUUCACCGAGCUGAUGGUGUCCCCGAGCGUCCGCCCGGACAAAGGAACCUACAGCCUGACGCUGGAGAACGACGUAUGCUCCGUCAGCGGAGAGGUGGAGGUCAACGUCAUCGCAUGCCCUAGUGCCCCCAAGGACUUCAAGGUGGCGGAGGUGACGCGUCACCACGUGCACCUGAUGUGGGAGGUGCCCGAGCACGAUGGAGGGAGUCCUGUCACUCACUUCCAGAUCGAGAAGAGAGAGGUGUCCCGCAAGACCUGGGCCAAGGUGGCAGCGGGCGUGCUGGACCUGGAGCACACCAUCACAGACGUGGUGGAGGGGAAGGAGUAUCUGUUCAGCGUCACCGCCUGCAACAAGUGUGGACCGGGAGAGCCGGCGUACAUCGACGAGCCCGUCAAUGUGUCCUCGCCCGCCACUAUUCCCGAUCCUCCGGAGAACCUGAAGUGGCGCGAUAAGAGCGGAAAGUCCAUCUUCCUGUUCUGGGAGCCAUCGAAGUACGACGGAGGCGCUCCCAUCAAAGGCUACGUUGUGGACAAGUGUCAGCGCGGGACGGAUAAGUGGGAGCCCUGUGGAGAGCCCCUCCCCGAGCUGAAGAUGCAGGUGACCGGGCUGAUCGAGGGCCAGUGGUACGCCUACAGGAUCCGAGCCUUCAACAAGCUGGGGGCCAGCAGACCCUGCAGGGCCACCGACGAGAUCCAGGCCGUGGACGCCAGAGAGCCUCCGGAGAUCCAGCUGGACGUGAAGCUGCUGGCGGGUCUGACGGCCCGGGCCGGCACUAAGAUCGAGCUGCCGGCCGACGUGAAGGGCAAGCCCGACCCAAGGGUGAAGUGGACCAAAGCGGACCAGGUCCUGCGGGCCGACGACCGCAUCACCAUGGACACUCAGCCCGGACACUCCAAGCUGUCCAUCGCCAACAGCACCCGGGGCGACACCUCCACGUACAUCAUCGAGGCCGUCAACGCCUGCGGGCGCGCCACCGCCACCAUCGACGUCAACAUCCUGGAUAAACCCGGCCCCCCCGCCGCCUUCGACCUCUCUGACAUCACCAACGAGUCGUGCUGCAUGGCGUGGAACCCGCCCCGGGACGACGGCGGCUCGCUCAUCACCAACUACAUCGUGGAGAGCCGACAGACGGACAAAGAGGAGUGGGUGAAGCUGUCGGCCACGGUGAAGCACACCACCUUCAAGGCCUGCAAGCUGACGGCGCUGAAGGAGUACGUGUUCAGGGUCAGCGCUGAGAACCAGUACGGCAUCGGAAAGCCGGCCGAGCACGAGCCCAUCAUCGCCAAGUAUUCCUUCGAUCCUCCUGGCGCUCCAACCAGAGUCACUCCCUCGGACGUCACCAAAGAUGCCGUGUCUCUGACCUGGUUCGAGCCGGACGAAGACGGCGGCAGUCCCAUCACCGGGUACUGGAUCGAGAAGUUCGACCCAGAGAGCGACAAGUGGAUCAGAUGCAACAAGCUGCCCAUCAAGGACACCACCUUCAGGGUGAAGGGACUCCCCACCAAGAAGAAGUACAGCUUCAGAGUUCUGGCCGAGAAUCUGGCUGGACCAGGAAAACCCAGCGUGGAGACCGACCCGGUCCUCAUCAAAGACCCCAUCGAUCCUCCCUGGGCUCCAGGAAAACCUGCGAUCCGGGAGGUGGGUAAGACCACUGCCCUGCUGGCCUGGACCCGCCCGGAGCACGACGGCGGGGCGAAGAUCGAGAGCUACAUCAUCGAGUUCCAGAAGGCCGGCAGCGAGGAGUGGAUCCGGCUGAUGGAGGACGUCCCGCAGACGGAGCAGCAGCUCACCGGCCUGGUGGAGCAUCAGGAGUACUGCUUCAGGGUGAAGGCCGUCAACAAGGCCGGGGAGAGUGAGGCGUCGGAGCCCAGCGACCCUGUGGUCUGCAAGGAGAGACUCUUCCCCCCCUCUGCGCCCCAGUGGCUGGAGGUGGCGUCCAUCACCAAGGUGUCGGCGGGUCUGAAGUGGCAGGCUCCCAGCAGCGACGGAGGCUCCCCCAUUACUAACUACGUGGUGGAGAAGAGGGACGUCCGGCGCAAAGCCUGGCAGGCGGUGGACACCACGGUGAAGGAGCUGAAGUACACCGUGACGCCGCUCAACGAGGGCUCGCUCUACGUGUUCCGCGUCGCUGCUGAGAACAGCGCCGGGAUGGGAGAGUUCUGCGAGAUGGAGGACGCCGUGCUCGCCAAAGACACAUUCACCACCCCCGGACCCCCCUACGCCCUCACCGUGGUCGAGGUCACCAAGAGACAUGUUGAGCUCAAGUGGGAACCCCCCAAGAGCCACGGAGGAAGACCCAUCACCAAGUACGUCGUCGAGAAGAAGGAGAAGCUGGGGUCCCGCUGGCUGAAGUGCUGCAAGACCCCCGACAAACAGUCCCAGUUCAAGGUGACGGACGUGGACGAGGGCACCGAGGUACAGUUCCAGGUCCGGGCGGAGAACGAGGCCGGGGUGGGAGACCCCAGCGAGCCCACCGAGAUCCUGACCAUUGAGGAUGCCACCAGCGCCCCCUCCCCCCCUCUGGAGUUGGCAGUACCUGAGGCCAGCCGGGAGCACAUCAGCGUCACCUGGAAGCCCCCGACCAAAGACGGCGGCUCCCCGAUCUCCGGGUACCACGUGGAGGUGGCCGAGGCCCGGCCCGAGCUCAAGUGGCUGCGCGUCAACACCCGGCCAAUCAAAGAGCUCAGCUUCAGGAUCGACGACGGCAUCAAGCCCGAGAAGAAAUACGUGAUCCGGGUCCGCGCCGUCAACGCCGUGGGAGUGAGCGACCCCUCCGACGUCUCCGACAAGGUCUUCACCAAAGACCCCGACUGCGCCCCCACCCUGGACCUGGCGUCUCAGGAGGUGGUGGUGGUGGAGGGGGAGAAGCUGCAGCUGAAGGUCCCCUACAGAGCCAUCCCCACCCCCAAGAUGGGGUGGAAGAAGGACGAGGUGGAGUGCAAGGCUGGCGAGCGGCUGUCCAUGACGGUGGAGAUGAACAGCGCCCACCUGGACCUGCUGAAGAGCAGCCGGGCCGAUGCCGGCGCAUACGCCAUCACGCUGGAGAACAGCCUGGGCAGCGCCACCGGCACCGUCACCGUCAAGGUCAUCGGCCUCCCGGGACGCUGUAAGGACAUCUCGUCCAGCGAGGUCACCAAGAACUCAUGCCGGAUCAGCUGGGAGGCCCCCGAGGACGACGGCUGCUCCCCCGUGCUCAGCUACACCCUGGAGCGCCGUGAGGCCUCCAAGAAGACCUACAUGCCCGUGAUGUCGGGCGAGGACGUGCUGACCGCCGUCGUCAAAGACCUCUACGUUAACUGCGAGUACUUCUUCAGGGUCCGGGCCGUCAACAAGGUGGGGGCCGGGGCCAACCUGGAGCUGCGCAACGCCGUCAUCACGGAGGAAGUCAAACAGAAACCGGACCCCCCCAUCGCGGUGGAGGCCCGGGACCCCACCUGUAAGUCCAUCACAGUGACCUGGAAGGCUCCGGACUCUGAUGGCGGCUGCCCGAUCACCGGAUACAUCGUGGAGAAGAUGGAGAAGGACGGAGAUCGAUUCGACCGCGUCACGCCCACCCUGGUGCCCGGCCUCAGCCACACAGUCACCGGUCUGACGGAGGGGGCGGAGUACCAGUUCAGGAUCCGGGCGGAGAACGCCGCGGGGGUCAGCGAGCCGUCCCGCAGCACGCCGCUCACCAAGGCUGCAGACCCCGUCGAGAAACCUAGUGUGACGCUGCACGCCCGGGUUCAGUUCGGAGUGUGUGUGAAGAAGGGCGAGGAGGUCCGGAUCGACGCCCUGAUCUCCGGGUCCCCGUACCCCCGGGUCACCUGGCUCAGGAACGACGAGGACGUCACCAAGAAACCAACGAAGAAGACCGCCCCCGUCAAGAGGAGGAAGUCCAAGGCUCAGGCGUACGAGGAGGAGGAGGAGGAGUUCUUGAACCCCCUCUGCCAGCGCCUCGGUCUGGAUCAGAGCGUUCGGGGCCGGGCCGGGCUGAUGAUCCGCGAGGCGGUGAGGAGCGACCACGGAGAGUUCACCGUCACCGUGGAGAACCAGCACGGCACCGCGUCCGCCCGCUGCACCGUCAACGUGCUGGAUAAACCCGGCCCCCCGGUGAACAUCACCUUCGAGGACGUCAGGAACACCUCGGUGGUUCUGAACUGGGAGCCCCCCCUGGACGAUGGGGGCAGCGAGGUGCUGAACUACAUCCUGGAGAAGAAGGACAACCGUAACGAGGAGGUGGGCUGGAUCACCGUGAGCUCCACCCUGAAGACCCCCACUCACGCCGUCACCAAGCUCAUCGAGGGCAAGGAGUACGUGUUCAGGGUCACGGCGGAGAAUAGGUUUGGCUGCGGACCCCCCAACACCUCCAAGCCCCUGGUGGCCAAGAACAUGUUUGACCCCCCCGACGCCCCCUCCACGCCCCGGGUCCACGAGGUCACGGCGAGCAGCGCCAAGAUCUCGUGGCACGAGCCCAAAGACAACGGCUCCCCCAUCCUGGGCUACUGGAUCGAGAGGAAGGAGGUGAACAGCAAGCACUGGACCCGGGUGAACAGGGCUCUGCUGAACUCCCUGGAUGUGAGGGUGGAGGGCCUGAUGGAGGGCCUCACCUACAUCUUCAGGGUCUGUGCAGAGAACCUGGCCGGCCCCGGGCCCUUCAGCGAGCCCAGCGAGCGCACCGUGGCCAUGGACGCCAUCAUGACCCCCGGCCCCCCCACCCCCUGGAUCGCGGACACUGGGAAGGACUCAGUGAUCGUGGCCUGGAAGCCGCCCCUGUAUAACGGAGGAGGGGACAUCCUGGGAUACCACCUGGAGAAGGUGCUGGUGGGGGAGAAGGAGUGGAGCCGCUGCACAGAGUUCAGGUGUAAAGACCUCACCUUCAACAUCACUGGCCUCACUGAGGGGGCAGAUUACUACAUCAGAGUCAUCGCAAUCAACGACGCAGGACCAGGGGUCCCAGGGGUCACCGAGCCCGUCACUGUGAAGGAGCCCGAAGAGACCCCGGCGGUGUCCCUUGACGCCUCGGUGAGGAGCGGAGUGAUCCUGCGUGCCGGCGAGGCGCUGCGUCUGCCGGCACUGGUGAGCGGCCGCCCGCAGCCCGAGGUGAAGUGGAGCAAAGACGAGAAGGACCUGGAGGCUGAGCGCAUGCUGGUGGAGACGCAGGGCCGCAACACAACGCUCUGCAUCAAGAAGGCCGUCAGGGCCGACACCGGACUGUUCAGAGUCACCGGCACCAACAGCAGCGGCACCAAGAGCGCAGAGUGCCGGGUCGACGUCAUGGACGUCCCGGGCCCCGUGGUGGACCUGAAGACAGUCCAGGUCACGAAGAAGAACAUCACUCUGACCUGGAGCGACCCGCUGGAUAACGGCGGCAGCGACGUGCUCGGAUACGAGGUUCUGAGGAAGGACGCCAAGAUGAAGCUGUUCCGCCAGCCGAUGGAGACAGCCUCCUGCAAGUGUGACAUCACGGGCCUGCUGGCUGGCGAGGAGUACGACUUCAGGGUCAUCGCCAGGAACAAGUUCGGAGACGGCACCCCCGCUGACCUGGGGCCCAUCCUCGCUGUAGACCCCAAAGGCUUGCCCACGGCCCCGGAAAAGCUCCACUACACGGACCGUGGGAAGAGCUUUAUCUCUCUGGCCUGGGAGGUGCCCCGCUCUGACGGAGGCAGCCCCAUUCUGGGCUACGUUCUGGAGAAGAUGCGCUCCGACGCCUCAGAGUUCGAGCCGGCCAGCAGGAAGAUGUUCCCCGAGUGCUGCGGCACGCUGGAGAACCUCUCGGAGAACAUGGAGUACGAGUUCAGGGUCCAUGCCGUCACCGAGGUGGGAGACGGAGACAACUGCAAGCCAAUCAGUGUCCGGAUCCAGGACGACGAGAUUGCUCCGGCGAUCACCAUCCUGAAGUUCUUCAAGAAUAACUGCAUCAGCGUGAAGAAGGGCUCUUCCAUCGAUGUGCCGGCGGAGGUGCGGGGGCUGCCCCUGCCCACACUGCGCUGGACCAAAGACGGAGAGGAGCUGCUGCCGCUGGAGGACAAGCUGAGCCUGGAGACCGAGGAGGUGACCCGGACCACCCUCCGGACGAAGAUCUCCCUCCCAGGAACCAUCAGGCAGGACACGGGCAGCUACAAACUGCAGGCGGAGAACUGCUGGGGCAGCGCGGAGCACACCGUGCGGGUGGAUAUAUUGGACCGGCCUCUUCCUCCCAGGAACAUCGUGGUGUCGGACAUCAAGGCGGAGUCCUGCUACCUGACCUGGGACGCGCCCGAGGAUAACGGAGGCAGCGAGAUCACCAACUACAUCCUGGAGAGAAGAGACGCCAGCAAGAAGAAGUCCGACUUCGAGCUGGUCACCGUGCACCUGAUCGACCGCAGAUACGGGGUGCACAAGCUGAACGUGAACGGGCAGUACCAGUUCCGCCUCAAAGCGGAGAACAAGUACGGCGUGAGCGACGGCUGCGACUCGGAGAAGGUUGAGCUGAGGGACCCCUUCGGCCUGCCCGGACCCCCGCGCAACCCCAAGAUCCUGCGGAACACGGCCACCACCAUGACUGUGACCUGGGAGCCCCCCCUGGACAACGGGGGCUCCAGCAUCCAGGGCUACUGGCUGGAGAAGAGGGAGCGCGGGGCCGUGUACUGGGGCCGCGUCAACAGGGCGCCGGUCACCAAGCCCUCGGUGAAGGGCCUGCAGCACACCGUGCUGAAGCUCAUCGAGGGGUCCGUGUACCAGUUCAGGAUCGCAGCCUGCAACGCUGCCGGGGUCGGGCCCCACUGCGAGCCCACCGAGAGCAAGCUGGCCAUGGAACCCUGCAACCCCCCCAGCCCCCCCGACUCCCCCGAGGUUAAAGACAAGACAAAGAGCAGCGUGACUCUGAGCUGGAUCCCCCCCGACAGAGACGGAGGCAGCCCCAUCAAGGGCUACAUCAUCGAGGUGCACGAAGAGGGCUCUCCUGAUUGGAGGAGGGUCAACCCCGCCGAUAAGCUCCACCCCCUGACGGAGAUCACCGUUCCCGACCUGAAGGAGGGCAAGAAGUGCCGCUUCAGGAUCUACGCCGUCAACGCCGCCGGCAACUCUGAUCCCGCCAAGACAGGAGACGUGCUGGUGCAGGACAUCCUGAUCGAGCCGACGAUGACUCUGAAUGUGAAUGCUCACGAGCUGCUGACCUGCAGAGCGGGAACCCCCCUGCAGAUCCCCGUCUCCUUCAGCGGACGCCCCACCCCCAAACUCACCUGGACUUUCGACGGCCCCGCGGAGAGCGAGAAGAAGAACGACCUGCACACGCUGCCCAUCGACUCCGAGAUCCAAAUGACAGACACCAGCUCGGUGGUCCUGAUCCCGGAGAGCAAGCUGAACCACAGCGGGCGCUUCAUCAUCAACGCAGAGAACGCCGCCGGACACAAGCUGCUCAAAGUGCGCGUCACCGUGCUCGACCUGCCCGGGGCCCCCAGAGACCUAAAGGUGAGCGACGUGACUCGAGGCACCUGCAGAUUCACCUGGAAAGCUCCAGAGAGCGACGGAGGAGAGAGGGUGAAGAGCUACUUCAUCGAGAAGAAGGCGGUCAACGGGAAGGCCUGGACCAAGGUGAACCCGGCCUGUGCAGCCCAGUCUCUGGUGAUCCCAGACCUCAUCAACGGACAGGAGUACAUCUUCAGGAUCCGAGCAGAGAACCGCUUCGGCUUCGGACCCCUGGCUGAGACCGAGCAGCCCACCAAGGUCACCGACCCCAUCCACCCCCCCGACCCCCCCACCAGGCUGAAGAUCAGGAGCGUGAGGCGGGGCGCCGUCUCUCUGACCUGGAGGGCCCCGAGGAACGAUGGAGGGGCCCCGGUGACUCACUACAGCGUGGACCUGCUCUGCUGGGAGGCCAGCGGGGCCGCCAAGGACUCCUGGAGGAGGUGCAACAGGAGAGACGUGGACACCACCAGCUACCGGGUGGAGGACCUGACGGAGGGUGAUGAGUACGAGUUCAGGGUGAUGGCCCACAACAAGGCGGGCCAGAGCCGGCCCUCCAGCACCGUGGGACCCAUCGUGCUGCAGGACCAGACCUGCGCUCCGUCCAUCGAUCUGAAGGAGUUCAUGGAGGCGGAGCAGCGGUCCGACAUCAGCAUCGUGGCGAAGGUGCGCGGUUGCCCCUUCCCCACCCUCACCUGGUACAAGGCGCCCGCCCACCACCCCGAGCAGCGGGUGGAGGUCUCGUACGACGAGCACAUCAACAAGGUGGUGAGCGACGACAGCUGCACGCUCCUCAUCCAGCAGGGGAACAGAGCCGACACCGGACUCUACACCCUGAUCGCCUCCAACAGCGUCGGGAAGGCCUCCGCAGAGAUGAGGCUCAACGUGCUGGGUCUGCCCGACCGCCCCUCUGCUCCCAUUAAGUUUGAGUCGAUUGGCUCUGAGCGCAUCACGCUCUCCUGGCUCCCCCCGAAGGACGACGGCGGCUCCAGGAUCACAAACUACGUGAUCUGGCGCCGCGUGGCGAGCAGGAGCACCUGGGUGAUCGUCACCAACGAGCCCAAGGAGCGCGUCUGGACCGUCGAAAACCUGAUGGCCGGGCACGAGUACAUCUUCCGCAUCAUGGCGCAGAACAAGUUCGGAGUGGGAGAACCUCUGGACAGCGAGCCGGAGGUCGCCAGAGACCUCUACGCGCCCCCCGGGCAGGUGGAGAAGCCGAAGGUGAGCGGCGUGACGCUGGACGCCAUGACGGUGAGCUGGGAGGAGCCUGAGGAAGAUGGAGGGACCCCCAUCACCGGAUACUGGCUGGAGAGGAAGGAGACCACCGGGAAGCGCUGGACCCGAGUGACCCGGGACCCGAUCCGACCAAUGGGAAUGGGCGAGAGCUUCACUGUGAGCGGGCUCAUCGAGGGCUCGCAGUACCUGUUCAGGGUCUGCGCCCUCAACGCCGCAGGGCCCGGGCCCUACAGCGCCCUCACAGACCCCAUCUUCGCCAGAGACCCCAUCUCCCCGCCCUCUCCCCCCACCCCCAAGAUCUCUGAUUGGACCAAGUCCUCUGUGGACCUGCACUGGAUCCCGCCCCUGAAGGACGGAGGCUCCAAGAUCAUUGGUUACUGGGUGGAGUCCAAGGAGGAGGGCACCGAGGCCUGGGUGAAGGCGAAAGAGACGGAGAUCCGCGGCACCCGGCUGGUGAUCGCCGGCCUGAAGACUGGCGGAAAAUAUAAGUUCAGGGUGACCGCUUUCAACGCUGCCGGUAACGGAGAACCGGGAGAGGUUCCCGAGGUGCUCGAGGUCAACGACAGAACCAUUGCUCCUGAGGUGGACCUGGAUGCCUCGGUGAAGGAGAGGAUGGUAGUCCACGCCGGCGGAGUGAUCCGGAUCAUUGCCUACGUGUCGGGCCAGCCGGCCCCCGAGGUCACAUGGACUCGAGAUGGUGCCGCGCUGCCUAUAGAGGCAGUGGUGGAGACGACCGGAAUCAGCUCGUCUCUGGUCAUCAAACCCUGCACCAGGAAGCACCUGGGCGUCUACACGCUGACCGCCAAGAACGCCGGCGGAGAGAAGACCAAGAACAUCACUGUGGAAGUCCUGGACGUCCCCGGGCCUGUGGGAAUCCCCUUCAAUGCGGAGAACCUGAGCAGCGAGUCCUGUAAACUCAGCUGGUUCUUCCCGGAGAACGACGGAGGCUCGCCCAUCAGCAACUACAUCGUGGAGAAGCGUGAGGCCGAGCGUAAGGCCUGGACUGCCGUGUCCUUCACCGCCAGCCGGCAGAACGCCGUGGCUCAGGGCCUCACCACGGGCAAGUCCUACUUCUUCAGAGUCGCCGCCGAAAACGCCAUUGGGCUCGGACCCUUCAUGUGCACCGCCGCCGAGAUCCUCAUCAAAGAACCCAUGAGUGUGCCGGACCGCCCUGAGGAGCUGGAGGUCACCAAGGUCACCAAGGACCUGAUCAGCGUCACCUGGAAAGCCCCGAAGUUCGACGGCGGCUCGGAGAUCAUCAUGUACAUGCUGGAGGCGCGCAUGAUCGGCAAAGACAAGUUCAGUCGUCUGACCAAAGACCCUCUGAUGGAGAGGAAGUUCACGUUCGACGGUCUGCGGGAGGGCGACACCUUCGAGUUCAGGGUCAUCGCCGUCAACGAGGUCGGGCCCAGCAAGCCGUCCUUCGGCACCAAACCCAUCACCUGCAAGGACGAGCUGGAGCCGCCCACCAUCGAGCUGGACUUCCGCGAUGCGAUCGUGAUCCGUGUGGGCGAGAGCUGCCUGCUGCAGGGCCGCUACAGCGGGAAACCGUCCCCGUCCAUCCUGUGGUACCGCGAGGACGAGGAGCUGAAGGCCGACAAACACGUGAUGUUCAAGAACACGCUGACCACCAUGUCUCUGGGCCUGAUGAAGGCGGAGCGCAGACACAGUGGCAGAUACGUGGUGGUGGUGGAGAACAGCACCGGCUCCAGGAAAGGGGUCUGCAACAUCACCGUGGUCGACCGCCCAACCCCGCCUGUCGGCCCCGUGGUGUUUGAGGAGGUGCACAGGGAGUUCAUGGUGAUCUCCUGGAAACCUCCUCUAGACAGCGGCGGCGUAGACGUCUCUAACUACAUCAUCGAGCAGAGAGACACCAACCGCGAGGCCUGGACCACCGUCACCUCCGCCAACACCAAGACCUUCUGCAAGAUCCCGAAGCUGACGGAGGGCCGUGAGUACAUCAUGAGGAUCUCUGCGGAGAACAUGUACGGCAUCAGCGACCCGCUGGAGUCCGAGGAGAUGAGAGCCAAAGAUCUGUUCAGGGUCCCUGAGGCCCCCGAGAUGCCCACGGUCAGGGAGGUGUACGCCACCAACGCCCUGGUGCUGUGGACCCGGCCCCGCGACGGAGGGAAGCCCAUCACCAACUACAUCCUGGAGAAGAAGGAGCCUGCUGCCAAGAGAUGGUCCCGGGUCACCAGGGAGCCGCUGUACCCCGCCACCCAGUACCGCGUGCAGGACCUGGUGGAGGGCUGCGAGUACGAGUUCAGGGUGAUGGCCGAAAACGAGCUGGGCACCGGGGACCCCAGCGUCCCCUCCAAACCCAUCCUCGCCAAGGACCCCAUCGUGUGCCCCAGCCCCCCCGUGACCCCCGAGUCCUACGACAAGACCAAGGACUCGGUCAGCCUGAGGUGGAAGAUGCCUCGCCACGACGGGAAGGGUCGUAUCUUCGGCUACCUGGUGGAGUACCAGAAUCCCGGCGCCGUGGAGUGGCUUCCGGCUAACGAGACCCCGGAGCAGUGCCCCGACCUUCACUACGUGGUGACGGGCCUGGAGGACGGAAAAGAGUACAACUUCAGGAUAUUCACAGUCAACGCCGCCGGCAAAUCUGACCCCGCGUUUGUUAAGACCAGCGUCAAAGUGCACGACAGGAUGGAGGAACCUGAGCUGCUGCUGGAUGCCAACAUGGCGCGGGACCACCUCGCCAUGCUGGGAUCCGACAUCACGCUGAGCGCCACCAUCAAGGGAGUGCCCACGCCCACCGUCAGCUGGAAGAAGGAUGACGGAGACGUCCCCGCUCACAUCACCGUGGCCGUCACUGCCAGCGGCAGCAAGGUCUUCAUCCCCAAGAGCACCCGCGCCGACUCCGGCAACUACACCCUCACCGCGGAGAACGCCGUCGGCAAGAAGUCCAUCACCGUGGUCGUGCUUGUUCUGAACAAGCCUUCCCCUCCUAGAGACCUGGUGAUCUCCGAGAUCACCAGCGAGUCCGCCUACCUGACAUGGAAGGCUCCUGAGGACAACGGUGGCGCUGUCAUCUCGCACUACGUGGUGGAGAAGAAGGACGUGGCGUCCGACCAGUGGGUCCCCGUCUCUGCAUCCAAUAAGAAGCCCAGUCUGAUGGCGCUGUACCUGAUGGAGGGAAUCCAGUACCUGUUCAGGGUGGCUGCUGAGAACCAGUUUGGCAAAAGCGCCUACGUGAUGACCCGGACCCCCAUCAAGGCCCUAGACCCACUCUACCCCCCCGGCCCCCCCAAGAACCUGCACCACACUGAUGCAGAUAAGACGGAGGUGUGGCUGGCCUGGGAGUGGCCCGAACGCACCGGGGGCAGCGAGAUCACCGGCUUCAUCGUGGAGCACCAGGAGGACGGCCAGACCGACUGGGUCCCCUACAAGACCGUCAGCGACAACCACGCCCACGUCACCAAGCUGAUGGAGGGCAAGACCUACCGCUUCAGGGUCAAGUCCCAGAACGCCAUCGGCGUGAGCCGGCCCGACACCACCGUCCCCAUCACCUGCCAGGAAAAGACAUUGCCACCAACUAUUGAAGUUGAUGUGAAGCUCAUCGAGGGUCUUGUGGUCAAAGCUGGCACUCCUAUUGCCCUGCCGGCUAAGAUGACCGGUAUCCCCACUCCCACGGCCAAAUGGAUGAGCGAUGGCAAGGAAGUUGUAUCUGAAGGCCGCUUCAACAUUGAGACUGUUGGAUGCUCCACCAUCCUCAGCAUCCCACAGACCCAGAGAGGAGACACCGGAGAGUACCUUCUCACCGUGGCCAAUCCCUCAGGAAGCAAGACCGUCGCUCUGCACGUCACUGUGCUGGAUCUCCCCGGUCCACCCAUCUCACCCAUCAACAUCUUGGAAGUCACCCCGGAUUACAUGAUGAUCCAGUGGAGGGCACCCAAGGAUGAUGGUGGCACGCCCAUCACAAAUUACGUGGUGGAAAAGAAGGAUGUGAAGAAGCCGUGGGAGCCCUGGUCCGUGGUUAGCUCCGGCGGCACCAGCACCAAGGCUAAGGUGUCCCGGUUGGAGAAGGGUCGUGAGUACAUCGUACGCGUCCGAGCAGAGAACAAGAUUGGCCUUGGUGCAGGGCUCGAGAGUCCUCCCACUAUUGCCAAGCACAUGUUCAACCCUCCCGGUCCUCCAGGCCCGCCAGAGUGCUCUGAUAUCACAGAGAACGCUGUGACAGUGGAGUGGACCCUGCCGGACUACGAUGGAGGCAGCCCCAUCAGUGGAUAUGUGAUUGAACGCAGAGAAAUGACAGGAAAGUGGAUCCGUGUCAACAAGACUCCUGUGCUGGACCUCAGAUACAGAGUCUCAGGCCUGUUUGAAGGCAACAGCUAUGAGUUCAGAGUGUUUGCAGAGAAUGUUGCCGGUAUCAGCGGGCCUUCUAUGAACUCCAACCCCGUAAAGGCCACUCGUGCCAUCACUAAACCUGGACCCCCUGGCAAUCUUAAACUGAAGGACUGGAGCAAGUCCUAUGCAGACAUCUGCUGGACCAAGCCUAACAGAGACGGAGGCACUCCUAUUCUAGGCUAUGUGGUCGAGGUUCAGAAGUCAGGGUCCGCUCAGUGGGAAAUAAUCUCUAAGGACCUUGUCAAGACGUGCGCCUUCAGAGUGCAAGGCUUCAUUGAAGGAAUGGAGUACAGGAUCCGCAUCAAAGCCACCAACAAGGUAGGAGACAGUGAACCCAGGGACCUGACUGAGACCGUCUUAGCUAAGGACAUUUUGGUGCCCCCUGAGGUUGUUGUCGACGCAUCCUGCCGCGACUCUCUGACAGUCCGGGCAGGCCAGAUCAUAAGUUUGAUCACCAGGGUGAAGGGACGACCAGACCCAGAGAUCACAUGGACCAAAGAUGCCAGAGCCAUGGCCCGGGACAGACGCACCGAGAUUAACAACAACUACCCAAUGUGUGAACUCGUCAUCAAUGAGGCCGUCAGGUCAGACUAUGGUAAAUAUGCCAUUCUCGCCAAGAACAGCAGUGGACAAGCACAGGCCACCAUUAUCGUCAAUGUCCUGGACACACCAGGACCUUGCCAGAACCUAAGAGUGGCCUACGCCACAAAGAAGUCCUGCAUGGUGUCCUGGGAAAACCCAGAGGACAACGGAGGCACAGAGAUCAAUCAGUACAUUAUUGAGUGCCGCCAGCCCAGCCAGAGAGCAUGGACUGUAGUCGCCAAUGACUGCACCAAGCGCCAGAUGAAGGCCCCUCUAACUGAAGGCUGCGAGUACUUUUUCCGUGUCAGCGCAGAGAACAAGAUCGGUGCUGGUCCAGCCAUUGAGUCCAAAGAGCCUGUGCUGGCAGUGGAUCCCAUCGAGAAGCCGGGCGAACCAAUUGACUUCCAUAUCGCUGAGAUCGGCAAGGACUUCUGCUUCCUCAAGUGGAAGAAGCCUGACUACGACGGUGGUAGCCGUAACAUUGCUUAUCAUGUUGAGAAGAAGCCAAAGGAGGCUGAGGAGUGGGAGAGGCUUCACAAGGGCGCUAUCAAGGAGACCUACUUCAUGGCUGACAGGUGCAUUGAAAACCAGUUGUACCAGUUCAGAGUACAGACGAAGAACGAGGGCGGCGAGAGCAACUGGGUGACCACACCUGAAGUCCUGGUAAAGGAACAGCUUGUGGAGCCUGAGGUCAAGAUCAAACUGGACGCAACACUCGUGGUCAAGGCAGGAGACUCCAUUCAUAUCGAGGCGAUAGUGAAGGGCAAACCACAGCCUGUAAUCAAAUGGAACAAAGAUGAGGAAACCCGCGAGAUAAGGAAGGGCCUCAGGCAUACGCUGGAAUCUGGAACCGACUUCUCAAAGCUGCUGAUAACCGCUGCCAGACGCACAGACAGUGGUAAAUAUCUUGUCACUGCCUCCAACAGUGCAGGAACCGCCUCUGCUCAUGCUAAGGUUAAUGUCUUGGAUAGACCCGGCCCCGUCAUGGAUCUGAAGGUGUCUGGUAUCACCACUGACCGGUGCCAUCUGUCCUGGGAAGUCCCAGAGGAUGAUGGUGGCUGCGAAAUCUACAACUACAUUAUUGAGAAAUGUGAAACCAAGAGGGGAGUCUGGUCAGUCCACUCUAACGCCAUCAUCACCAACAAAGCUAAAGUCACUCGUCUCAUCGAGGGCAACGAGUAUAUCUUCAGAGUCCGUGCUGAGAACAAGAUGGGUCCUGGGCCCGCGGAGGAGAGUGAAGCCAUCGUGGCCGGCACCCAGUUCAGUGUACCUGGUGCUCCGGAGGCACCAGAGAUCACCAAGAUUGGCAAGCACGAGAUGACGGUGGAGUGGUCUGAGCCCGAAAAGGACGGUGGAAAGUCCAUCAUCGGUUAUCUGUUGGAGAAGAGGGAGGAGCACGCCGUGAGGUGGUCUCCUGUCAUCAAGGAACCAAUCCCUUCAACACGUUACACCGUGACCGGACUCCUGCCCCUCCACGACUAUCAGUACAGAGUCAAGGCGGUUAAUGAAAUUGGCAUUGGCAGCGCAAGCAAGCCUUCACUCGCCAUCACCGCCAAGGACACCGUUGAGCCUCCAGCGCCUCCCACCAACCUGAAGGUCGUGGACAGCACAAAGUCUAGCGUCUCUCUGGGCUGGACCAAGCCUGUAUCCGACGGUGGGGCUCCCAUCAUCGGAUACGUUGUGGAGUUGAGGCUGCAUGGAAGCGCCAAGAAAGGAGAUGACGGCUGGAAGAGGUGCAACGUGGCGGCUCAGCUGGUGGUGUGCGAGUUCACCGUCUCCAGUCUGGAUCAACAGAUUUUGUACGUGUUCAGGGUCUCGGCCCAGAACCAGGUCGGCAUGAGCCUGCCCUGCGAACUGGAGGCACCUGUGAUCCCCAAGGAGAUCCUAGAGGCUCCAGAAGUAGACCUUGAUGCAAACCUGAAGCAGGGCCUGUCGGUGCGAGCCGGCUGCCCCAUCAGGCUGUGCGCCACCGUCAGAGGCCGACCCCCUCCUACAGUUAGCUGGCGGAGGAUGGGCCUGGACAACGUGGUGAGGAAAGGGAAGGUGGACAUCAUCGACACCAUGACCUUCCUCAUCAUCCCCGACAGCACACGCAACGACUCGGGCAAAUACUGCCUGUCGGUGCGCAGCCCGGCGGGAGAGAAGGCACUGUUCGUCAACGUCAAGGUUCUGGACACCCCGGGCCCCGUGAUGAACCUGGAGGCCACCGACAUCAAGCAGACCUCCGCCAACUUGUCCUGGAGUCCUCCGGAGAUGGACGGAGGCAGCGAGAUCACGCACUACGUGGUGGAGAAACGCGAGAUCGACCGCAAGACGUGGGCGACGGUGAAGGCCGAGGUGGAGAAGGACAAGGUUCCCUUCAAAGUCAGCGGCCUGGUGCCCGGCACCGAGUACUACUUCAGAGUCACGGCCGUCAAUGAGUACGGACCCGGGGUCCACAAAGUGAGCCCCACCUCCUACGUGGCCUCCGAUCCCGUCAGUAAGCCCGAUCCCUGCGAGAAGAUCGAGGUUCUGGAGAUCACCAAGAACAGCGCCAUGGUUGGCUGGGUGAAGCCAUCGAGGGACGGCGGGGCCAAGAUCGACGGCUACGUGAUUGAAUAUAUUGAAGUGAAGCCUCCACCCGAGCCUCCCGCACCAGUGGAGGUUGCAGAGGGUGAGGAGGCUCCUCCCCCACCUCCCCCUGUGGAGGAGGAGGAGGAUGAGGAGGAGGAUGAGGAGCCGGAGAAGGAGGUGUGGAGCGCCUACACCACGGUGAAGGGUCUGAGCAUCAGUAUCAGCGGCCUGAAGGAGAGCAAGAAGUACAAGUUCAGAGUCGCCGCCAAAAACGUAAUGGGCCAGAGCUCCUUCACCGAGACCCGCGAGGCCGUGGAGAUCAAGGAGCAGAUCCUGGAGCCGAAGAUCGUGAUGCCGGAUACGGUCAGUGCCAGAGCCGGAGCUAAGCUCAGGGUGGAGGCGCUGGUCUCAGGUAAACCCUCCCCGACCUGCAAGUGGAUGCGUGGCGAAGACGCCGUGGUGCCGUCCAGCCGUCUGGCCGUGCACAAGUCCGGGAACAUGUGCGUUCUGAUCAUCAAAGACGUGUCGAGGACAGACAGCGGCGAGUACAGCCUGGUGGCUGAGAACAUCUCCGCCAGGGUCGUGGAGUCCAUGAAGAUCAUCAUCAGAGACAUCCCCGGUCCUCCCGAGGGCCCGGUGGUGAUCAGCGACAUCGACGCGGACGCCUGCUCUCUGGCCUGGAACAAGCCGCUGGAGGAUGGCGGCAGCAACAUCACUAACUACGUGGUGGAGAAGUGCGACCUGAGCCGUGGAGACUGGGUGACGGCCACCUCUUCCGGAGGCCAGAAGACCAGCUGCCGGCUCGGGAAGCUCAUCCCUGGGAAGGACUACGCGUUCCGCAUCCGGGCGGAGAACCGCUUCGGAAUGUCGGACCCCAUGCAGUCCGAAAGGAUGGUGGCCAAGUUCCCCUUCGAUGUUCCAUCGGAGCCGCUGGACUGCCGCAUCAACAAGUGCAACAAGGACUGCAUGUUCGUGGCGUGGGACAAACCGGAGACCGACGGCGGCAGCCCCAUCACCGGUUACUACAUCGAGCGCAAGGAGAGGAACAGCCUGCUGUGGGUGAAGGCCAACGACUGCGUGGUGCGCUCCACCGAGUACCCAUGUGCCGGCCUCAUCGAGGGCCUGGAGUACACCUUCAGGGUGUCGGCCAUCAACCGCGCCGGGCAGGGCAAACCCAGCAAGAAGACCGACUUUGUGACGGCCAGGACGCCUAUCGACACCCCGGGGAAACCCGAGGUUCUGGACGUCACCAAGAACUCUGUGGUUCUGAUUUGGACGCGUCCAAAGAACGACGGCGGCAGUAAGAUCAUCGGUUACUACGUGGAGACACUGCGUCUGCCCGGAGACAUGUGGCUGCGCUGCAACACCAGCAGCCAGAACUGCCCGCGGGAGGAGUACACGGUGACGGGCCUGGAGCGGGACCUUCAGUACCAGUUCAGGGUCAUCGCCAAGACCACCGUCAACGUCAGCAAGACCUCCGAGCCCAGCGACCCGGUGCUCGUCUGCGCAGAGAAUGUGCCGCCGAGGGUGGAGCUCAGUGCCAAGAUGGAGAAGGGCGUGAAGGUGAAGGCGGGCUCUAGCAUCACGCUGGAGGCCCAGGUGUUCGGGAAGCCCAUGCCCCGAGUCACCUGGAAGAGAGGCGACGACAGCCUGAAGUCCGGCGAGGGCCAGGUCCUCACGCACCUCAGGAACCACUUCCAGCUGGACAUGACCUCCGUCAGCAGGGAGCACACAGGAACCUACAGCAUCGUGGCCGAGAACGCCAGCGGCUCCAAGAGCGCCGAGAUCCCCGUGGUGGUCCUGGACGUGCCCGGCCCCCCUGCCAGUGCCCAGUACCUGGAGGUGUUCGCCCUGAACAUCAAGCUAUCCUGGCAGCCCCCCCUGAAGGACGGCGGCGCCAUCAUCACCAACUACGUCGUGGAUAAACGUGAGACCAGCCGCGCCAACUGGGCUCAGGUCUGCGCCAAGAUCCAUGCCGACGAGAAGGAGCUCGACGUCGGGAAGCUCAUCGAGGGCCGGGAGUACCAGUUCAGGAUCCGGGCUGAGAACACCUGGGGGGUCGGAGACCCUCUGGUUACUGGACCCGUCAUCGCCAAUAACCCCUACAAUGUUCCCGGACCCUGCGAGGCGCCUUUGGUCACCAACGUGACCUGUGAGCGCAUGACGGUGAGCUGGAAGGAGCCUGCGGACGACGGGAAGUCCCCCAUCGUGGGCUACAUGCUGGAGAAGAAGGAGGCCAAGGACCUGAACUGGACCAAGCUGGGCAGGAAGAUCCUGACCGAGCGAAGCAUCGACUACACUGGCCUGACCGAGGGCACCGAGUAUGAGUUCAGGGUCAGCGCCGUCAAUGAGGCCGGGCAGGGCAAGCCCAGCGAGCCGUCCGCCAGCACCACCGCACAGAACCCCAUCACUCCCCCCGGCCCCGUGGUGAACCCCUCCAUGACCAACACCACCAACAGCACCAUCAGCCUCUCGUGGACGGAGCCCUCCAGCACCGGGGGAAGCCCCGUCCUCGGGUACUUGGUGGAGAGCAGGAAGGGCGAGGCCAAGGACUGGGUGCGCUGCAACGUGCCCAGGAACCUGCAUGACACCGCCUACACCAUCCAGAACCUGGAGCACCGCGCUCAGUACCAGUGCCGCGUCACCGCCGUCAACAAGGUCGGCUUCGGAGAGCCGGCGGAGGUCCCCGGGAAACACGAGGCCAAGGACAUCAUCAUCCCUCCGGAGGCGGAGCUGAGUGCGGAGCUGAAGGCUGGUCUUGUGCUUACUGCCGGAUCCACCAUGAGGCUCCACGCCCUCAUCAAGGGCAGCCCGCCCCCCCGCAGCGUCUGGGCCAAGAUGAACACCAACAUCAAGGACCGGCAGGGCGUGGUGAUGAAGUCCUCCCCCACCGACAGCCUGCUGCAGGUGGAGAACGUCAACCGCUACGACGGCGGGAAGUACAUCCUGAGCCUGGAGAGCACCUCCGGCAUCAAGAUGUACACUGUGGUGGUCAAGGUGUUUGACACCCCCGGCCCCCCCACCAACCUGACGGUGAAGGACUCGUGUAAGGACAACGCCAACAUCUACUGGGACCCCCCCCUGCUGGACGGAGGCCACGAGGUGACGCACUACAUCGUGGAGAAGCGUGAGACGGAGAGGAAGGCGUGGUCCAUCGUCAGCAGCGACAGCGCCAAGACGGCCCUCAAGGUCCCGGACCUGGACGCCGGGCGCUGCUACAUCUUCAGGGUCUCUGCCGUCAACGAGCUGGGGGUGGGCGAGAGCUGCGAGACCCCCGACGCCAUCAGAGCCUCAGAGGAGCCUGGCCCCGUCAUGGACUUCAAGACGCUGCUGGUGACGAAGGACUCGUGCACGUUGAGCUGGAAGAAGCCUCUGACGGACGGAGGCAGCCGCAUCAUCGCUUACGUGCUGGAGGUGUCCCAAGGAGACGACUACAAGGAACUCAUGAGGUCCAAGAACAUGCAGUACAGCGGCAAGGACCUGGUGGAGGGCCGCGAGUACACCUACAGGGUGAAGGCCGUCAACGACUCGGGGGAGAGCGCCGUCAAGGAGCUCAGCGUGGUUGCCAAGGACCAGAUCAUCCUCCCCACCUGCGACCUGCGGGAGUUGCCCAACAUGUGCUACAUCGCCAAGGAGGGCAGCACGGUGCGCCUGAAGAUCCCCAUCAUCGGCAAGCCCACGCCUAAGGUCUCCUGGAAGAAGGGCGAGGAGGAGAACCUGACGGACACCGGCCGUGUCUGCGCCGAGUCCUCCGCCGUCAACACCACCCUCCUGAUCAGGGACUGCCAGCGCAGCGAUGCCUCUAAGUACACCAUCACCCUGAGGAACAGCGCUGGGAGCAAGGAGAGCACCAUCUUCAUCAGGGUGGUGGGUAAACCCGGCAUCCCGAUUGGCCCCGUGAAGUUCAAGGACGUCAACGCGGACGCCGCCACGCUGAAGUGGGUCGCUCCGAAGGACGACGGCGGCUCUGAGAUCACCAACUACAUCCUGGAGAAGAGGGACUUUGUCACCAACAUGUGGGUGACGGUGUCCUCCGCCGUUGAGAGCAACGUGCAGCGGGUGACCAGCCUGCAUGAGGGCACCGAGUACAUCUUCAGAGUCAGCGCUGAAAACAAGUAUGGUGUCAGCGAGGGGCUCAAGUCCGACCCCAUCGUGGCCAAACAUCCCUUCAAUGUUCCCGAUGCUCCUCCUCCACCUCAGAUCUCAAGCAUGCGCCAUAACUCCGCCUACCUGUCCUGGAACGACCCCAGGAAGACCGGAGGGUCUCCCAUCACAGGCUACUUUGUUGAAUUCAAGGAGAGGAACAGCAUGUUGUGGAAGAGGGCGAGCCCCAGCGCCCUGAUGAUGAGGGAGCACAAAGUGAUGGGCCUGACUGAAGGACUUGAGUACGAGUUCAGAGUCAUGGCCGUCAACCUGGCCGGCAUCGGGAGGCCCAGCGCCCCCACCGACCCCCAGGUGGCCCUGGACCCCAUCGAUGCUCCUGGCAGACCCGAUGUAGUCAGCAUCACCAGAAGCACCGUCACCCUGCAGUGGACCGAGCCGCAGUCUGACGGCGGCCAUCGGCUGACCGGCUACAUCGUGGAGCGCCGCGACCUGCCCUCCAAGAUCUGGGUGAAGGCCAACCCUGUGAACGUGGUCGACCCGGCGUACACCGUCACCGACCUGCAGGAGGGCUGCAAGUAUGAGUUCAGGAUCCGAGCCAAGAACUCGGCCGGAGCCCUCAGCCCCCCCUCGGAGCAGACAGACACCAUCAUCUGCUCCGACGAAUACGCUGCCCCGACCAUCAUCAUUGACUCUCACGUGAUGGAGGGUCUCACCGUCCGGGCUGGAGACACCAUCGUGAUCACUGCCACCAGCAUUAUAGGCAAACCUGCGCCCACCUCCUGCUGGUCCAAGGGAGGAAAGUAUUUCAAACCCUCGGACCUGGUUAACAUCGAGACCACCGCUUCUUCCUCUACGCUGUCCGUGAAGUACGCCAGCAGGAAUGACUCCGGAGACUACAUCAUCACCGCCAGCAACCCCUUCGGAGUGAAGGAGGAGACGGUGAAGGUCAAAGUCCUGGAUGUUCCUGCAGUUCCUGGGCCCAUCGAGUGCAGCGGCAUUUCCUCUGAGAAGGUCACUCUCACCUGGACGGCCCCCACCACGGACGGAGGCUCCGCCAUCAAGUACUACACCCUCGAGAAGAGGGAGACCAGCCGCCUGCUGUGGACCAUCCUGGAAGAGAAGGUCCUGGACUGUCACUACGUGGCCAACAAGCUCAUCCAGGGCAACGAGUACUUCUUCAGAGUGUCCGCCGUGAACCAGUACGGAGCCAGCGAUCCGUCUCACUCCGAGGCCGUCAGGAUGGUCGACAGAUUCGGUCCUCCCGGUCCACCAUCUAAACCGGAGGUUGGCAAAGUGGAUGGACAUUCAGCCACUGUGACCUGGAGGAGGCCGGCUGAGGAUGGAGGAAGUGAUAUUUUAGGGUACUGUGUGGAGAAGAAGGAGAAGAAGGGCAUGAGAUGGGUCAGGGCGUCCAAGAAGCCCAUCGUCGAGAUGAGCUACCAAUUGACCGGCCUCAUUGAGGGCAUCGAGUACGAGUUCCGUGUUCUGGCGGAAAACAAAGCCGGCUAUGGAGAGCCCAGUGAGCCGUCAAUGCCUGUCAUAACCACAGUUAUUGCCUAUGUGCCCGGACCUCCAGUCAAUCCAAGAGUCACAGACACGACCAACACCACUGCCACUCUGAACUGGGGCAAACCCCUGGACAACGGAGGGCUGGAGGUGACUGGAUAUGUGAUUGAGCACAAGAAGGAAGGGGCAGAAGAAUGGGUUAGAGACACCCCCUCGUCUCCACUGAGGAUCACAGAGUUUGUUGUUCCCGGGCUGGAGACAGGUGCAAAGUACCACUUCAGAAUUAGCGCUGUGAACGCUAAAGGAGCCGGAGAGCCUGCUGAGACUCUGGAGCUGAUGGAGAUCGUAGAGCGUGAAACCGAACCUGGUUUGGAGCUGGAUAUGGAGCUGAGAAGAACCCUGGUCGUCAGGGCUGGCUGCUCCAUCCGCCUCUUUGUGCCUAUCAAGGGACGUCCUUCGCCCACUGUCGCCUGGACUAAGGAGGGAGGUCCUGUCCUGCGGGCAGUCGUUGACAGCACCGAGUCCUUCACAAUGCUGAUCAUCCCUGAGAGCUCAAGGGUCGAUGCCGGUAAAUACGAGCUGACCCUGGAAAACUCUGCUGGAAAUAAAACUGCAGAUAUAAAUGUGAGAGUCCUGGAUUCACCUGGACCCCCACUCAACCUGAAACCUCUCAAGAUUGAAAAGGACAACAUCACUCUUCAGUGGGAGAUGCCUCUGAUCGAUGGUGGAGCCAAAAUCACCAACUACAUAAUUGAAAAGAGAGAAUCAACACGCAAGGCUUUUGCUACAGCUAUCACACAUUGCCCAACCACCUCAGUGAACAUCAGUGACCUGGGUGAAGGCUGUGAGUACUACUUCAGAGUGUCUGCCGAGAACGAGUAUGGCAUCGGUGAGUCGGUGGAGACGGCUGAUCCAAUUCGUGCAUCACAGGCACCAACGCCUCCACAGAGUAUCAUCCCUACUGAUAUUACAAAGAACUCUGUGAGCUUGGCUUGGACCAAGCCCAAGCAUGAUGGUGGAAGCAGAGUUACAGGAUAUGUCCUUGAAGCCAAGAAGAAGGGAACUGAUCAAUGGGCACACGUGACAGCAGUGAAGACCAUGGACUUCACAGUGAAGAGUCUUAAUGAGUUGGAGGAGUACUUCUUCCGUGUCAUGGCUGUCAACCACUCUGGUAGAAGUGCACCACAUGAGAGCAAAUCCAUCCAGGUCAAGGACUCUACCUCCCUGCCUGAGUUUGACCUGCGGGGUGUAUGUCAGAAAACUAUCAUUGCCAAGGCAGGAGACGACAUCAAGGUUGAAAUUCCAGUUAUGGGACGUCCUAGACCAACUAUUAGUUGGCAAAAGGAUGGCGCAUCCCUGAAGCUUACACAGAGAACCAGCGUGGAAACUACCGCUGCUACUGUCAUUCUCAGCAUUGGUGAAUGCAACAGAGCUGACAGCGGGCUGUACACCAUGACAGGAAAGAACAUUGUUGGCUCUGUGACAGACAACAUCAUUGUCAAGGUUCACGAUGUACCCGGGCCCCCCAAGGGACCGAUUAACAUUGUGGAGAUAUCUCGUACCUAUUGUGUCUUUGCAUGGGACACUCCUGAGAAUGACGGAGGUGUUCCCAUCAACAAUUAUGUGGUUGAGAUCAGAGACACAACUACCCAAACCUGGACUGAGCUGUCCUCUGCUAUCAUUCGCACUGUGUUCAAAGCCAUUCGCCUGACCACUGGAUCAGAGUACCUGUUCAGAGUCAAGGCUAAGAACAGAUAUGGUGUUGGACCUCCCAUCACCUCAAAUGCUGUGGUGGCUGCCUAUCCAUUCAAAGUACCUGGUCCUCCAGGUACUCCAGGUGUUGUUGCAUUUACCAAGGACUCAAUCACCAUUGGAUGGAAUGAGCCUGUGGUUGAUGGUGGAAAUGAAGUGAUUGGUUAUCAUGUUGAGAGGAAAGAGAGAAGCAGCAUCGUAUGGCAAAAGAUCAGCAAGACUCUUGUCAAAGGAAACCUCUUUAAAACCAUCGGGCUUGAAGACGGUGCUGCCUAUGAGUUCCGCGUCAUGGCUGAAAACAUGGCUGGAAUUGGUAAGCCAAGCAAGGCCUCAGAAGCCAUCCUGGCCUUGGACCCUGUGGACCCUCCAGGUAUGCCUGAGCCCAUCUUUGUCAAUAAGAAUGUCAUCACCAUUCAGUGGGCAAAGCCAGAGUACGACGGUGGUUUCAAAAUCACCGGCUACACGGUGGAGAAGAAGGAACUGCCUGCUGGCCGCUGGAUGAGAGCCAACUUCACCAACAUCACAGAGACAGCCUUCACUGUCAGCGGACUGACUCAGGAUGCCUCCUAUGAGUUCCGUGUUAUAGCCAGAAACUCAGCCGGGGCAGUGAGCGUUCCCUCUGAUCACUCAGACCCAAUCACCUGCAAAGACGACAUCAUUGAGCCACGCAUUAUGGUUGAUGCCAUCUUUAAAGAUACUAUUCUGCUGAAAGCAGGAGAGUCCUUCAAGCUUGAUGCUGACAUUGCUGGUCAACCAACCCCAUCCAUGGUCUGGACCAAGAAUGGAAAGGACAUUGAGAACACGAUGAAACUGGCCGUCAAAUUCACAGAACUGACAACCCUUCUGACCAACAAGGACUCUAUGAGAGCGGAUGGAGGAGAAUUUGUUUUGACUGCCACUAAUGUUGGUGGAUUUGCUAAGCACACUUUUAAGGUUAAAGUACUUGACAGACCUGGACCACCUGGAGGACCUCUGGAGGUGUCUGAUGUUACCGCUGAUAACUGUAUACUCUCCUGGGCUCCACCUGCAGAUGAUGGAGGUGCCAAGAUUGACGGAUACGUGAUUCAGAAGCGCGAGUCAAGCAGACUCGUUUGGACCAAUGUGGUUUCAGACCUGCAAGUUACACAGUACAAGGUGACCAAGCUGCUCAAAGGAAAUGAAUACAUCUUCAGAGUUAUGGCAGUGAACAAGUAUGGAAUUGGCGAGUGUCUUGAUUCAGAACCCACCAUUGCAGACAACCCAUAUGUGGUUCCAGAGGCUCCAGAAAAUCCUGAGGUGACGGCUAUCACUAAAGAUUCAAUGUUUGUUAUGUGGCAGGCGCCUAAGAGUGAUGGCGGAACUCCCAUCACCAACUACAGCAUUGAAAGGAAAGACAGGAUAGGCCUCCGCUGGGUCAAAUGCAACAAGAGGAAGGUAAAAGAUCUACAGUUCAAGGCAACAGGCCUUCUCGUUGGGCAUGAGUAUGAAUUCAGAGUUAUUGCUGAGAAUAUUGCCGGACUGAGCCCGCCAAGUGCCUCGAGUCCCUUCUACAAGGCCACUGAUGUGCUGUACGCACCCGGGGCCCCAUGCAACCCCAGAAUCUUGGACACAUCCAAGUCCUCGAUCACUGUGGCCUGGAACAAGCCUGUGUAUGACGGAGGCUCAGAUCUCACUGGCUACAUUGUGGAGACCUGCAUCCCAUCUGAGAAAGAGGAAGAGGGAGAAUGGACAAUUGUGACACCCAAAGAAGGACUCCUUGCCACCUCAUUCACCAUUAUUAACCUGAAGGAGAACCAGGAGUACAUGAUUAACAUCUCUGCCAUCAACAGUGAAGGCAUUGGAGAGGCAGCAUCUGUACCUGGCAAUGCCAAGGCAGAGGACAGGCUCCUUCCACCUGAGAUUGAUUUGGAUGCUGAGCUCCGCAAGGUGGUCAGUCUGAGAGCUUGCUGCUCACUCAGACUGUUUGUGCCCAUCAGAGGCCGACCAGCUCCUACUGCUUCAUGGACCAAGGGAGAUGGGGAACGUGUGGAGAGGGCAACCAUUGACAGCACAACAUCAUACACGUCACUUGUUGUUGAAAAUGUCAAUAGAUUUGACAGCGGAAAGUACAACCUUACAGUUGAAAACGAGUCUGGCUCCAAGACAGUUACAGUCCAGGUCCGUGUGCUUGACACACCAAGUGCCCCACAGAAUCUGAAGAUUACUGCUGUAACAAAGGAAUCUGUCACUCUUGCCUGGGAGCCACCAGUGAAUGACGGAGGAGUUAAGAUUAAGAACUAUAUUGUUGAAAAACGUGAGUCCACAAGGAAAGCAUAUGCCACAGUUAACUCUAACUGCCAUAGCACCACCUUCACAGUAGGCCAGCUUCUGGAAGGAUGCAACUAUUACUUCAGAGUUCUAGCUGAGAAUGAAUAUGGCAUUGGUCUUCCCAUUGAGGCUGGUGAAUCAGUUAAAGUGUCUGAGAAACCACAGCCACCUGGCAAGAUCACUCUUAAGGAUGUCACCAAGACCACUGUCACCCUGGCCUGGGAGAAGCCAGUGCACGAUGGCGGCAGCAGAGUUGGCUGUUAUGUCAUUGAGAUCCAGCCAAAGGGUGAGGAUAAGUGGUACCCGUCUGGCAUUGUACAGGAAACAGAAGCUACUAUUAAACAACUCAAUGAGGGUGAAGAGUACAUGUUCCGUGUAGCAGCAAGAAACGAGAAGGGAACAAGUGACCCACGUCAAAUCGGUGUGCCUGUGAUCUUAAAGGAUCUUGUGAUUGCACCUUCUAUCAAAAUGAUGUUCAACACAUUCAGUGUGUUGGCAGGAGAAAAUCUGACAGUAGAAGUCCCAAUAGUGGCACGUCCCAAAGCAGAAGUCUCCUGGGUUAAAGAUGGUGAACCUCUGAAGAGGACUACCAGAGUUAACGUUGGCGGAACUGAGACAAUGCUGAAGCUCAACAUAAAAGAAGCUACUAGAGAUGAUAUUGGAAAGUACCACAUCACGUUAAAGAACACAGCAGGAGAGGCAACAGCAGACAUCGGUAUUGUUGUACUCGACAAACCGGGUCAGCCUGGCGGCCCCGUUAAGGUAGAGGAGGUAACUUCUGGAAGUGUAACCAUCGCCUGGAGCCGACCAGUCUAUGACGGUGGUUGCACCAUCAAACACUACAUUGUGGAAAAGAGAGACACAUCCACAACUGCUUGGAUGGUUGUAUCUCCAAAUCUCGCAAGAACCAAAAUCAAGGCAGGCAGGUUGAAGACUGGCUCUGAGUAUCAGUUUAGAAUAACAGCAGAAAACAGAUAUGGAAAAGGCCCUGUUCUUCUCUCAGAGUGUAUUGUGGCUCAAUACCCAUACAAGCUCCCAGGACCCCCAGGAACACCAAACAUUGCAGUCUGCACCAAAGACAGCAUGGUGGUGGCCUGGAAUGAACCUGUGAAUGAUGGUGGAAGCACAAUCUUAGGCUACCAUCUCGACCGCAAGGAGAGAAACAGCAUCAUGUGGGUGAAACUGAACAAGUCUCUGAUUACUGACCAAACCUUCAAGACCAGUGAUCUGGAAUCAGGUAUGGAGUAUGAAUACAGAGUUUAUGCUGAAAACAUUGUUGGAAUAGGAAAAAUGAGCAAAGUGUCUGAGGGAUGUAUUGCCAGAGAUCCUUGUGAUCCCCCUGGCACCCCAGAGGCGACAAAGAUCGGAAAGGACUCCAUUACCAUCGUUUGGAAUAAGCCUGAAUAUGAUGGUGGUUCAAAGGUCACUGGCUACAUUGUGGAAAAGAAGGAGCUUCCUGAAGGUCGCUGGCUGAAGGCUAACUUCACCAAUGUCAUUGAGACUGAAUACGUUGCAACUGGACUUGUGCAGGACAGCCAGUAUGAGUUCCGUGUUAUUGCUAGAAAUGCUGCUGGUGUUUUCAGUAUGCCCUCUUUCAGCACUGGCCCCAUCACUGCCAAGGAUGAUAUUGAACCCCCACGCGUUAGCAUAGACCCAGAAUACACAAAGACUAUUGUGGUCAGUGCUGGAGACAACUUCAAGAUUGAUGCAGAUGUUCAUGGAAAACCAUUGCCCUCUAUCCAAUGGAUGAUGGGAGAGAAUGAACUGGGCAACACUAUUCAUAGAGAAAUUAAGAACACACCCACCAAAGCUUAUAUAUCUUUCAAGGAAGCCAAACUUACAGAUGGAGGCCAAUACAUUCUGCUGCUGAAGAAUCCAGGAGGAGAAAAAGCAGUAGAGGUCAAUGUUGUUGUUCUAGAUAAACCUGGAGAACCACAGGGACCUCUUGUAAUAACAGGAAUAACCAAAGAUCGGUGCUGCCUUUCAUGGAAACCUCCAGUGCAAGAUGGUGGCAGCAAGAUCUCUCACUACAUUGUGAAGAGGAGAGAGACAAGCAGGCUAGUCUGGACUGUUGUCGACUCAAAUGUGGAGACCAUCUUUUUGAAGAUUACUAAGCUGCUGGAAGGAAACGAGUACAUCUUCAGAGUCCAUGCUGUCAACCAGUAUGGGGUUGGUGCACCACUGGAAUCUGAUGCUGUCACAAUCAAGGAACCAUAUGCAGCUCCUGGAACACCAAAGAGCUUGGAAGUUUCAGAUAUUAGAAAAGAUUCGAUGAUGCUGACCUGGGAGGCUCCUUCUGAGGAUGGAGGCAGUCCUAUCACCGGAUACAUAAUUGAGAAACAUGACAAGGAAGGUGUCAGAUGGACCAGAUGCAACAGGAAAACAGUCACUGACUUGACUUUCAAGGUCCCUGGACUCUUGGAAGGCCAUUGUUAUGAAUUCAGAGUUGCAGCUGAGAAUGCUGUAGGUGCUGGAGAGCCAAGCUCCCCGACUGUUUACUUCAGAUCUCUCGAUCCCAUCUUCAGGCCCGGCCCACCACACAAUCCAAAGGUGACGGACACAUCUAGAACAUCAGUGUUCCUGUCAUGGAGCAAGCCUGCCUGUGAUGGAGGCUGUGCCAUUGAGGGAUACAUUGUUGAGUGCUGCACCACCACAGAGUCAGCAUUGCCAACGGAGGCUCCUGCUGAGGCUCCUGCUGAGGCCCCUGCUGCGGCCACUGCCACAGAUGCCCCUGCCGAGCAAUGGACAAUGUGCACACCAGCCACUGGUAUCAAGAAGACAAAGUAUGAAGUUGCAAACCUGAAGGAAAACCAGGCAUACAAGUUUAGAGUUUGUGCUAUUAACAAAGUUGGAGUUGGUGAGCCUGCUGAUGUCUCUGGAGCUGUCGUUGCACAGGACAGGGCAGAGGAGCCAGACCUUGACAUUGACGCAGAACUGAGAAAGAUUGUGACCAUUAAAGCUGGAGCUUCCCUUAGACUGUUCAUACCCAUCAAGGGAAGGCCCACUCCUACCAUCACUUGGGACAAAGAUGAAGCUGCACUUAAGGAGACGGCUCAGGUCGAGGUGACCAGCAGUUACUCAUCCCUUGUCAUCGACAAGAUGAGCAGAAAUGACAGUGGAAAAUACACCAUCACUGCAGAGAACGCCAGCGGAACCAAAUCUGCAUUUGUUGUUGUCCGUGUUCUCGACACACCUAGUGCUCCCGUUGCUUUGAAAGUGAAAGAAAUUACAAACCAGUCAGUCACACUGGAAUGGGAGCCACCUCUGUUGGAUGGCGGGUCCAAGAUCAAGAAUUAUGUUAUUGAAAAGAGAGAAAGUACACGUAAGACAUAUGCUGCAGUUGCAACAAAUUGUCACAAGCUUUCGUGGAAGAUUGAGCCGCUCCAGGAGGGCUGCAGUUACUACUUCCGAGUCCUUGCUGAGAACGGACAUGGUGUCGGCCUGCCUGCCACAACUGUUGACCCUCUUAAGGUCUCAGAGGUGCCCCAGACUCCAAAGAACUUGAUUGUUACAGAUCAGACCAAAACAAGUAUCUCUCUGGCCUGGGAGAAGCCAGAGUAUGAUGGUGGCAGCAGAGUGAUUCAUUAUCUGCUUGAAGUGCAGCUCAAGGGCCAGGAGAAGUGGAAUGGUGUUAACACAUUUAAGACAAUGGAGACUACUGUUACCAAACUGAACCCUGGAGAUGAGUAUCUGUUCAGAGUCACAGCAAUCAACGAUAAGGGAAAAAGUGACCCCAAAGUCCUUUCUGGUCCAGUGAUGACCACAGAUCUAGUCUUUGAGCCUGAAGUUCGACCAGCAUUCAGCAGCUACAGUGUCCUUGUGGGCAAAGACCUAAAUGUUGACGUUCCCAUCUAUGGACGACCCAAACCAAAAGUCUUAUGGAGUAAAGAUGGGGCUUCUUUGAAGUUCACUACCAGAGUCAACAUUCUCAACUCACCAACACAUACAACACUGAGCAUUAAGGAGGCCGCUGGUGAUGAUGGUGGCAUGUACAGUAUAAAUCUUGUUAACUCAGCAGGAAAGAAGGACACAUCCCUUGAAAUCAUUGUACUUGACAAACCCGGCCCUCCAUCUGGCCCUGUGAGGUUUGAUGAAAUUACAACACAGAGUAUCACUCUUUCAUGGGAUCCACCAAAACACAAUGGUGGCUGCGAGAUUUCAAACUACAUUGUACAGAAGAGAGAUACUACUACCACAUCUUGGGAAAAUGUGAGCAACAACUGGGCAAGAACCACCAUCAAAGUGCCUAGACUGAAGACUGGAUCUGAGUACCAGUUCAGGAUCAUUGCCCAGAACCGCUACGGCAAGAGUCACGGUCUGGAUUCACCCGCCGUGGUCGCUAAGUACCCAUACAAAGAGCCAGGUCCAUCAGGCACCCCCUUCGUCUCCUCCCUCUCUCGGGACCACCAGAUUGUUGAGUGGAACGAGCCUGUCGUAGAUGGAGGCAGCCCUGUCCUUGGAUACCAUCUUGAGAGGAAAGAGCGGAACAGUAUUCUCUGGAUCAAGAUCAACAAGACACUAAUCCAUGAGCCUAUUUUCAAGAGUUACCCCUUGGAGGAGAGUAUUGAAUAUGAAUACAGAGUUUAUGCUGAGAAUAUUGUUGGCAUUGGAAGGUGCAGUAAGCUCUCAGAGGGCUGUGUUGCACGUGACCCAUGUGAUCCUCCUGGCACACCAGAAGCCAUCCAUGUGACCAAAGACACCAUCAUCAUCCAAUGGACUAAACCAGAAUAUGAUGGUGGCAGUAAUAUCACCGGCUAUACCGUGGAGAGGCGUGAUCUGCCAGAGGGCAGGUGGGUAAGGGCAAACUUCACUAAUGUGAUUGAGACCAAGUUCACUGUCACUGGUCUGACUGAAAAUGCCCAGUAUGACUUUAGAGUCAUUGCCAAAAAUGCUGUAGGCACCGUCAGUAAGCCAUCCUACAACAGUGGACCGAUCACUGUAAGUGACGAGUUUAAGGCGCCCAAAUUCUCCAUCGACCCUGCAUUCACCAAGACCAUCAUCAUCAAUGCCGGAGAGACAUUCAAGCUGGAUGCAGAUGUCUCUGGCAAGCCAGCCCCUACAAUCCAGUGGUUCAAGGGUGAAAAACCAAUCGAGAAUACACUCAGACUGGAAAUAAAGAACACAGAAAACCAUGCUAUGAUUGUAAUUAAGGACUCUAUCAGAGUUGAUGGUGGAGAUUACACUCUCCAGCUGACAAACUGCGCUGGCAGUGAAACUGUUCCAUUCAAGGUGGUGGUGCUGGACAGGCCCAGCCAAUGUGAAGGACCCCUUCACAUCGCGGGAGUAGCUGAAGAUAGAUGCACACUGGCCUGGCGUGCCCCUCUACAUGAUGGAGGUAGUCCUAUUAAAAACUAUCUCAUCGAGAGAAGAGAGACCAGCCGCCUCGCUUGGACUAUUGUUUCUAACAGCUGUGAACACACAUGCUUCAAAGUCACCAAUUUACUGGAAGGCAAUGAGUACAUGUUCCGUGUCAUGGCAGUUAACGGUUAUGGUAUCAGUGAACCACUGCUGUCUAGUGCAGCCAUUAUGAAGACUCCAUUUAUUGCUCCUGGUCAACCUCACAUGGAGGAAGUAACCAACAUUGCACAUGAUGGCAUGACCGUCUCUUGGUUAGCUCCUGACACCGAAGGAGGCAGUGAGAUUACCAAUUACAUUGUUGAAAAGAAGGACCGGCAGGGAAUCAAGUGGACUAGAUGCAACCGUCAGAAGGUCACUGAUCUGUCCUUCAGAGUUACAGGCCUAACCUCUGGCCAUGAAUAUGAGUUCAGAGUCACAGCUGAGAAUGUUGUUGGAGCAGGAGUGCCAAGCCUCCCAACUCCAUACUACAAGGCCAGUGACCCCAAGUACAAACCUGGUGCACCGGCAUAUGUGAAUGUAAGUGACUCCACAAAGAGCUCUAUUUCAGUGUCCUGGGGUAAGCCACUGUCUGAUGGUGGCAGUGAAAUCCAAGGAUAUAUUGUUGAAGUCUGCAAGGCUGAAGAGGAAGAAUGGACCAUGGUUACUCCCCCUACUGGCCUGCGUGUCAACAAAUAUGAAAUUACCAAACUGACUGAGGGUCAGGAAUACAAAAUCCAGGUGUGUGCUCUGAACAAACUGGGAGUUGGUGAGCCAGCAUCUCUUUCUGGAACAGCCAAACCAGAGGAAAGGGUGGAGCCACCUCUAAUCAUGCUCGACUCAGAGCUAAGGAAGGGCAUCAUCGUGAAAGCUGGUGGAUCUGUUAGAAUCCAUAUUCCAUUCAAGGGCAGGCCAACACCUGAGGUUAAGUGGACUAAGGAUGAGGGAGACUUGACUGAAAAAGCGGUGGUUGAGAAAGCUCUGAACUUCACACAGUUGUCCAUUGACUCAUGUGACAGGAAUGACUCUGGAAAAUACUCCUUGAGUCUGACCAACAGCAGUGGGACUGUGUCUGAGAUUGUUUCGGUUAAAGUCCUGGAUACACCCAGCGCCCCACUGAAACUUGCUGUUCAAGACAUUAGAAAGGACUCUGUCACUCUUGUAUGGGAGGCCCCACUGAUUGAUGGAGGUUACAAAAUCAAGAACUAUGUCAUCGACAAACGUGAAUCAACCAGAAAGGCAUAUGCAAAUGUAUCAACAAAAUGCACAUCAACAACCUUCAAAGUGGACAACUUGAUUGAAGGUGCCUUGUACUACUUCAGAGUCAUGGCUGAGAAUGAUUUCGGAACUGGCUCGUCUAUAGAAACAAAGGCAGCUUUCAAGGCCUCCGAGGUACCAAUGCCUGUUGGAAAAAUCUCUAUCACUGAUGUCACCAAAGCCACAGUCUCUCUGGCCUGGGAGAAGCCUGAGCAUGAUGGAGGCAGUAGAAUAGGUGGCUACCUGAUUGAGAUGCAACCCAAGGGUACAGACAAGUGGGGAGUCGCAACAAAUACAAAGACAUGUGACGGAACAGUCAAAGGCCUCACAUCAGGAGCAGAAUACUUUUUCCAGGUCAUUGCUUACAAUGAGAAGGGAAAGAGUGAGCCAAUUGCUCUUGCUGCGCCCAUUGUUGCCAGUGACAUGACCAUGGAGCCAAGCAUUAAGAUGCAAUUCAACACCUACAGUGUGUUAGCUGGAAAAGACCUGAGGUUGGAGUUCCCGUUGCUUGGCAGACCCAAACCUCAAGUAUCCUGGACCAAGGACGGUCUGCCUUUGGGUGUGACAUCUAGAGUCAAUGUGAUAAACACACCAACAAUAAUUGGAAUUAAAAUUACUGAAGCAUGCAAGGAGGACUUUGGCAGAUAUUCCAUCAAAGCAAGCAAUAAUGUCAACACCAUCAAUCAGGAUUUGUCUAUAAUUGUCCUUGACAAGCCUGAUCCUCCUAAAGGUCCGGUGAAGGUUGUAGAAGUGAGCAACACCUUUGUCCACCUCGCAUGGGAUCCACCAGAGUACAUGGGUGGAUGCCAGGUAAAGAGCUAUAUCGUGGAAAAGAGAGACACCACCACCCAAACAUGGCAGUCAGUCACCACACAGCUUGCAAGAACAGCAAUAAAGAUCCCUAAGCUGAAGACUGGUGCAGAAUACCAGUUCAGAAUCAUAGCUGAAAACAGAUAUGGAAAGGGUUCAUCCCUGGAUUCAAAGUCCAUCGUGGUUCAAUAUCCAUACAAACCACCAGGGCCUCCAGGAACACCAGGUGUGCAAUCUGCAACAAAGGAAAUGAUGAUCAUUGAGUGGAAUGAGCCUGUCAAUGAUGGUGGAAGUACAGUCAUUGGGUACCAUCUAGAAAGCAAGGAGAGAAGCAGCAUCAUGUGGAACAAACUGAACAAGACUCUUAUCACUGAUACUCAGUUCAAGAUCAGCAAUCUUGAGGAGGGUAUUGGAUAUGAAUUCAGAGUGUAUGGUGAAAAUAUUGUUGGCAUUGGCAGAUGCAGUAAAGCGUCUGAGUCCUUUGUUGCUCGUGACCCAUGUGAUCCUCCUGGUGCUCCUGAAGUUGUUUCUAUCUCUAAGACCAUAAUAAAGAUUCAGUGGACCAAGCCUGAGUAUGAUGGUGGCAGCAAAGUGAAUGGAUAUAUUGUGGAAAGGAAAGAUCUUGCCUCCGAUGAGAAGCGCUGGGUCAGAGCUAAUUUCACAAAUAUAGUGGAAACUGAGUACACGGUCACUGGCCUGACUGAGAGCGAGCAAUAUGAAUUUAGAGUUACUGCAAGAAAUGCAGCCGGAGUCUUCAGCGAGCCAUCCGACAGCUCUGGACCUAUUACUGCUACUGAUGAAAUUGAACCACCAAGGGCCUCAAUGGAUCCCAAAUACAAGGAUGCCAUUGUUAUCAAUGCAGGUGAACACUUGGUUCUUGAUGCAGACAUAUAUGGAAAACCAAUUCCUGAUGUUGCCUGGCUAAAAGAGGGUAAGGAAAUAACAAAAGCCCUGCGCAUUGAAGUGAAGACUACACAGAAACGUACAGCCAUUACGAUUAAAGAUGUCACCAAGCUUGACAGUGGCCACUAUGACCUCGUCCUCAAAAAUCCAGGCGGCACAAAAACCUUCCCUAUCACCGUCAAAGUCCUUGAUAAACCAGGUCCACCCCCUGGACCCAUGACAGUGACAGGUAUCAUGUCUGACAGGUGCACCCUGGCUUGGUCUGAACCAACUCUAGAUGGUGGGGCUAGCAUCACUCACUAUAUCUUGGAGAAGAGAGAGACCAGCAGGUUGUCCUGGACAGUAGCUGCACAGAGUGUUAAGGGUACAUUCUAUAAACUAAAAAAUCUGCUCACUGGAAAUGAAUACAUUUUCAGAGUCAAGGCAGUCAACAAAUAUGGUGUUGGAGAUUGUCUUGAGAGUGAACCCAUCAUUGCACGCAAUCCUUACAAGCCCCCCAGUGCUCCUGGAACUCCAGAAGGAAGUCAGAUUACAAAGGACUCUAUUGUUCUGACUUGGACUCCUCCAGAGCAGAGUGGUGGAGCUGAAAUUGACACCUUCCACCUUGAAAAGCGUGACAAGGAUAGUGUAAGGUGGACAAAAUGCAACAGACAAAAGCUGACCGACAACCACUUCAAGGUCACGGGUCUGAUGAUGGACCACUUCUACGAGUUCCGUGUUGCAUCUGAGAACGAGGCUGGAAUGGGAGACCUCAGUGAGUUGUCCCUGCUCUACAGAGCUUGUGAUUCCCUCACACCACCUGGACCUCCACAUCAUCCUAAGGUGACAGACUACACCAAGUCUUCUGUGUCCCUGACCUGGGGCAAAUCUGACUUUGAUGGUGGUGCCUACGUAAAGGGUUACAUUGUGGAAAUGCGGGAGUACACACCAGAGCCUGAAGAAGACGAGGAGGCAGAAGUAGCGCCAGCCAUAGAGGCACCAGUUGUAAAGGAAUGGACCAUGUGCACUCCACCCACUGGCACACAAGCCACUAAGCUCACUAUCACAGACGUGAAGGAAGGUGGAGAGUACCAGUUCCGUGUCUGUGCCAUCAACUCAGAGGGAGUGGGCGAGGCUGCUAGCGUCCACGGUACUGUGGUCACUUCUGACCGGGUGGAAGCACCAGAGAUUGAGCUGGACGCUGAUCUCAGAAAGGUGGUUUCGGUCCGUGCAGGAGGAACUCUGCGUCUUUUUGUUGCCAUUAGAGGACGGCCUGAACCUUCCGUGAAGUGGGAGAAGGUUGAUGGUGCCCUCACCGACCGUGCUGCUAUUGACACCACCAGCUCUUACACCAUGCUUGUCAUUGACAAUGUUAAUCGCUUUGACAGUGGAAAAUACUCACUGACACUGGAGAACAGCAGUGGUGAAAAGUCUGCCAUUGUUGCAGUGAGAAUUCUAGACACACCGAGUGCACCACAAAGCUUCGCAGUUAAGGAGCUCAAGAAGGAUUCAGUGACUCUUGCCUGGGAUACACCCCUCACUGAUGGAGGCUCUAAAAUCACAAACUACAUUGUUGAGAAGAGAGAGUCUGUCAGGAAGGCAUACACUACUGUCACCAGUAACUGCUUGACAAACUCAUUCAAGAUUGAGGAAUUGCCUGAAGGUGGCAUUUUCUACUUCAGAGUCUGUGCCGUUAAUAAAUAUGGCCAGGGACAGGCGGUAGAAACCAAAGAAAUCAAGGUGUCUGAGGUACCGCUGCCACCGAACAAGGUUACUCUUGUAGAUCAGACUAAGACCAGUGUGACUCUGGUAUGGGACAAACCUGCUCAUGAUGGUGGAAGCAAAGUAAUCUGCUAUAAUGUAGAAUUCAAGCCUAAGAGUGGAGAUAAAUGGGGCACAGCGUGCACGGUCAAGGUGACUGAAGCCACUGUUCCUAAUCUGAGUCCUAAUGAAGUCUAUCUAUUCAGAGUGAUUGCAAUCAAUGAAAAGGGAAAGAGCGAGCCAAAGGAUCUUGGCUUACCUGUGGUUGCAAAGGAUGUUGCAAUUGAACCAUCCCUCCACUUACUGUUUAACACAUACAGUGUGAAGGCUGGAGGCGACCUCACCCUCGAGGUUCCAGUGAGAGGCAGACCCAAGCCUGUUGUAUCCUGGAAGAAGGACGGCCUUCCUUUGAAGCAAACAUCGGCAGUGACCAUCCUGAACACCGCAACCUCAUCCAAAAUUAUCCUCAAAGAAGCUUGCAGAGAACAUGUUGGCAAGUAUGAGAUCACCCUUGCAAACACAGGAGGAACUGUCACAGCAGACAUUGGAGUGGUUGUCCUUGAUAAACCAAGUCCACCUAAAGCCUUUAAGUUGGAUGCAGUGACAUCAGACAGCAUCACACUGUCCUGGUCUCUACCAGAGUAUGAUGGUGGCUGCUCCAUCAGUAACUACAUUGUAGAGAAGAGAGACACAAACACACAAGAAUGGCAGAUGGUCGCAAGUAAUGUUGCUAGAACAUCUUUCAAGGCUGGCCGCCUGACACAUGGAGCAGAAUACCAAUUCCGCAUCUAUGCUGUCAACCGUUAUGGCAAGAGUGGAUAUCUGGAUACCCCGGGAAUCACUGCUCAGUACGACUUCAAACAGCCUGGACCUCCCUCUACACCUAUUGUGAAGUUGGCCACCAAGUCCUACAUGCUGGUGACCUGGAAUGAGCCAGUCAAUGACGGCGGCAGCCCUGUUGUGGGCUACCACCUGGAGAGGAAAGAGCGCACUAGCAUCAUUUGGUCAAAGUUGAAUAGAGUAAUGAUCAAAGAAACAGAAUACAAAGUCAAUGGCAUUGAAGAAGGCAUGAUGUAUGAGUACCGUGUCUAUGCUGAAAAUAUUGCUGGCAUUGGUAAAGUCAGCAAGGCCUGUGAAGCUGUAGCAGCCAGAGAUCCAUGUGAUCCUCCCGGCACACCUGAGGUCACUGCUGUCACCCGAACAUCUGUCACCUUGUCCUGGGAGAAGCCAGAGUAUGAUGGAGGAGCCAAGGUUACUGGCUACAGCAUUGAGCGCAGAGAUCUUCCAGAAGGACGCUGGACCAGAUGCAACUUCACCAAUGUGCCUGAGACCCACUAUGACGCGACAGGCCUUACAGAGGACAGCCAGUAUGACUUCCGGGUCAUUGCUAAGAAUGCAGCUGGAUUGUUCAGUGGACCGUCAGACACCACCGGUCCCAUCACUGUCAAGGCAGAUGUGGAUCCACCAAGAAUAAUGAUUGAUGUCAAGUACAGAGAAUCAUUGCUUGUGAAAGCAGGAGAGACUCUGAAGAUUAACGCUGACCUUGCUGGACGUCCCGCCCCUGUCAUUUCCUGGACCAAGGAUGGCAAAGAGAUUGAGCUGAGAGCCAGGAUCCAGAUUGUUUCAACAGAUACCAGCACUAGCCUCAUUGUGAAGGACAGCGUCAGAAGAGAUUCUGGGCAGUAUGUUCUCACUCUGAAGAAUAUUGGUGGCACAGUCGCCGUGCCAAUACACUGUGUGAUUCUGGAUAAGCCUGGACCGGCAGCAGGACCUCUGCAGAUCACAGGUCUCACAGCGGAGUCAUGCGUUCUGUCCUGGGGUCCUCCUCAGGAAGCCGGCGGGGCUGACAUCACGCAUUAUGUUGUUGAGAAGCGUGAGACCAGCCGUUUGGCCUGGACAGUGGUGGAGGGGGACGUCACAAAAACAUACCUCAAAGUCACAGGACUGCUCAAGGGCAAUGAAUACAUCUUCAGGGUUUUGGCCGUCAACAAGCACGGCCGUGGAGAGACUCUGGACAGUGAUGCUGUGAUGAUUACAGAUCCAUACACAUUUGCCUCUGCUCCAACUGGUGUGGAUGUCACUGACAUUACUGGAACUACAAUGACCCUCUCCUGGUGCAAGCCAGUCAGCAAUGGAGGCAGUCCCAUCACUGGAUACGUGAUUGAGCGCCGUGAGAAGACCGGCAUGCGUUGGGUCCGUGUGAACAGAGAUCUAGUUGUUGAAUGUACCACAGUAGGAACCAAACUGCGCAAGGGUUGUGAGUACGACUUCAGAGUCUUAGCUGAAAACGCUGCUGGUCUGAGUCCUCCCAGUGAACAAUCCGCCACAUUCAGAGCCUUGGAUGCUCUGGUUGUUCCCUCUCGCCCAACCAAGCCGAAGACGGUGACUUCAAAUAAGGACAGUGUGUCCAUCGUCUGGAAACCACCACGAGAUGAUGGCGGUGCUCCUGUCCUGGGAUACACUGUAGAAUACAGAGAGUACGUCCACAAACCAGAGCCAGAGGUUCCAGAAGAAGAGGAGGAAGAAUAUGAGGAGGAGGAGGAGGAGGAGGAAGAGGAGGUACCUGAAUCCCCAGAGGAACUGGCAAGAUGGGUUGAAGCCAUCCCUCUUACCAAGAGCUUGGAGUUCACCAUCAGCGGACUGAAGACAGAUACAGAAUAUGAAUUCUGUGUCAAGGCAAUAAACAAAGUUGGCAGCAGUACAUGCAGCCUGUGCUCAGAUCCGGCUACAGCCAUGGACAGAACCACAGAGCCAUCGUUUGACGUUGACAUUGAGCUGCGUAAAGUACUCAUGGUCAAGCAUGGAACAGCAUUCACUCUCAAGGUACCAUUCAAGGGCAAACCUGUGCCGUCAGUGGCGUGGGCCAAGGAGGGUGUUGAUCUGAAGAUCAGAGGAACCAUUGAAUCCACAGAGUCCAGUACUUCACUCACCCUCGAGAAGGCCACCAGGAAUGACUCGGGCGAAUACUGCGUUACUAUUGAAUCCUCGCUGGGAACAGCAACAUUGCCCAUGGUGGUCAAGGUGCUGGACUCUCCUGGACCCCCGGUCAAUGUCAAAGUGUCAGCAGUUACCAGGGACUCUGCGACCCUCAACUGGGAAGCUCCAGAGAACGAUGGUGGGGACGCGGUGAAGGCCUACUAUGUUGAAAAACGAGAGGCCAGUAAGAAGGCUUGGGUCACUGUGACCAGCAACUGCCACGUGCUAACAUACAAGGUGGAGGACCUGCAAGAGGGCGCCAUGUACUACUUCAGAGUCAUCGGGGAGAACGAGCACGGUUUGGGUGUCUCUCAGGAGGCCAAGGCUGGAACCAAGAUCACAGAGGUGCCAAGCAUUCCCACGAAACUUGGAGUUGCAAACGUCACCAAGGACAGCAUAACGAUUGCCUGGACGCGUCCAGAGUACGACGGCGGCAGCAGGGUCACAGGUUACCUCAUUGACGCCCUGGAGAAGGGACAGACCAAGUGGGUGAAGUGUGCCACGGUAAAGACCCUCAACCACACCAUCAAGAGCCUGAGGGAGUGUGGCGAGUACUACUUCAGAGUGCGUGCCGAGAACCACGCCGGCCUUAGCGAAGCCAAGGAGAUGAUCGUACCCGUCAUCGUCAAGGAAAUACACGAGGCUCCAGAGUUUGACCUGAAGAACUACCCUAAGAACACGGUUUAUGUGAAAGCUGGAUCGGACCUGACCUUUGAGCUUCCUCUCAGCGGCAGGCCCACUCCCAAGGUCACCAUGUCGAAGAACAACAUACAGAUUAAGCCUUCCAAGAGGCUGCUGAUGGAAGUCACCCCCGACAGUCUGAUCAUCACCCUGAACGAAAGCAUCUCCAGCGACGCCGGCAGGUACGAAGUCACCGCCUCCAACGCUGGUGGCACCACCAAGAUCUUCCUCAUCUUCGUGGUCCUGGACCGCCCCGGGCCCCCGAUUGGCCCGGUGGAGGUGGGAGAGGUUGGCGAGACCACAGUCUGUCUGAAAUGGGCGUGUCCCGAGUACGACGGCGGCAGUCCCGUCACCAACUACACCGUCAUGAGGCGUCAGACCAGCACCCCCAACUGGACCGAGGUGUCCACCAGCAUCGCUCGCAGCGCCAUCAAGGCCACCAAGCUCACAAAGGGCGAGGAGUACCAGUUCAGGAUCAGGGCCCAGAACCGCUAUGGCAUCAGCGACCACAUCGACACCAAGCCCAUCAUGAUCAAGCUGCCAUACACUUUCCCUGGGCCUCCUUCCACACCGUGGUUCAGCUUCGUGUCCCGCGAAAGUCUGACGGUGUGCUGGAACGAACCCGUCAACGACGGCGGAAGCACGGUGAUCGGAUACCACGUGCAGAUGAAGGAGAGGAGCAGCAUCCUCUGGCAGAAGGUCAACAAGACGGCCAUCUCCGGAAACCACUGGCGCGUCACCAACAUAUGCGCCGGACUCAUCUACGAGUUCAAGGUGUCUGCGGAGAACGCCGCCGGCAUCGGGAAGAUGAGCAAGACCUCGGAGGAGGUGCUGGCCAUUGACGCCUGCGAGCCCCCGGCUAACGUGCAAGUCACCGAGGUGACCAAGAACUCUGUGAGCCUGGCGUGGCAGCGGCCUCCGUACGACGGCGGCAGCAAGAUCACAGGUUACAGCGUGGAGCGGCGCGACACUGGAAGCGGCCGCUGGGUGAAGGCCAACUUCACCAAUAUCAUCGAGAUGGGCUUCACCGUCUCCGGCCUCAACAAGGACGAGGCCUACGAGUUCAGAGUUUACGCUAAGAACGCCGUGGGCUCCGUCAGCAACCCGUCGCUCAUCGCCGGCCCCGUCACCUGCGUGGAUACCUGCGGGGCCCCGGCCAUCGACCUCCCUCCGGAGUUCCUGGACGUGGUUCAGUACAAAGCUGGGUCCUCUGUGAAGCUGCGGGUGGGCAUCGUGGCCCAGCUGCUGCCCAACAUCGAGUGGCUGAAGGACGGGAAGGAGCUGCUGCUAACCUCCAAGCUGUCGGUGGAGAGCACCACCGACUCCACCGCCAUUCUCAUCAAGGACGCCGAGCGCUUCGACAGCGGAUUCUAUGAGAUCAAAAUCAAGAACAUUCUGGGCUCAGCGACCGCCAACAUCAGGAUCCAGAUCCUUGACAAACCCGGACUCCCAGCCGGCCUCAUCAACUUCCACUCCGUCACGGCGGACAAGAUAAUGUUCAGCUGGGAGCCGGUGCCCGAGCCGGACCAGGGAGGCUUCCCGGUGACGCACUACAUCGUGGAGCGACGUGAGACCAGCCGCCUGGUUUGGUCCACUGUGUCGGACUGCCAAGAGGAGGCCUACGCCUGCGUUGGGAAACUGGUGCGCGGAAAUGAGUAUGUGUUCCGCGUCAUGGCCGUGAACAAGUUCGGAGUAGGAGAGGCGCUGGUGUCAGAGCCCGUCAUCGCCAAGAACGCCUUCGUGACUCCUGGGCAGCCUCACACUCCCGAGGUGAACACCAUCACCAAGACCACCAUGUUGGUGGAGUGGAACAAACCGGGGGUGGACGGCGGCAGCGUGGUGACCGGAUACUACCUGGAGAGGCGUGACAAGAAGAGCCUGCGCUGGAUCCGGGUUUACAAAGAGGCGAUCGCAGACAUCAAGAAGAUGGUGUACCACCUGACAGAAGGAAACGAGUACCAGUACCGAGUGUGUUCCAUCAACAGGGCCGGAGAGGGACCGUUCUCUGAAGUUUCCGACUACUACAAGGCUGCGGACCCUGUUGAAACUCCGGAUGAGCCUUGCAAGCUGAAGCUUGUUGACUCCACCAAGACCUCCAUCACCUUGGGCUGGUCCAAGCCCGAAUGGGACGGCGGCAGCAAGGUGAUCAGCUACAUGCUGGAGAAGCUUGUUGAGGGAGAAGAAGAGUGGGCCAUGGUCACCGCCAAGGGAGAAGUCAAGACCACUGAGUACAUCGUCCAUGACUUGAAACCAGACGUCAACUACUUCUUCAGGGUCUCAGCUGUGAACUGUGCCGGCCGUGGAGAAUCUCUAGAGAUGACCGAGGCUGUGCAAGCUAAAGACAUCCUGGAGGAGGCCCAAGUCGACCCCGACGUGGCCAUGAGAACUCACUACAUCGUGAAGGCCGGUAAGGAUGUGGAGCUGUCUGUUCCUCUGAAGGGCCGACCAGCUCCCACCGCUUCCUGGAGCAAAGGAGAGGAAUGCAUCGACAGUAACCCCAAAUACGAGUUUCACCACUCCGACAACACCACCGUGCUGGUUAUGCGUGAGGUGACUAGGCUUGACACUGGAAAAUACACAGUGAAGAUAGAGAACGGUGUGGGAGAGCCAAAAACGCUGACCCUGUCCGUGAAGGUCCAGGACACCCCGGCUCAGUGCAGGAACCUGGUCCUGAAGGACGUGACUCGUGGAAAGCUCACUCUCUGCUGGGAGCCUCCACUCCUCGACGGUGGUGCUGAGAUCACAAACUACAUCUUAGAGAAGAAGGACUCCUCCAAGAGGAUCUACUCUGCAGUGACCAGCAAAUGCACAGAAACAACAUACUCCCUGGAAGACCUCUCUGAGAAGGCCUCCUACUUCUUCCGUGUGAUGGCGGAGAAUGAGAAUGGCAUUGGCGAUCCCUGUGACACCCUGGACCCUGUGAAGGCCACAGAGACUCCUGGCCCGGUCAAGGAGGUUUCUAUGAAGGAUUCUUCCAAGACCUCGGUCACCCUGCAGUGGCUGAAGCCAGAUUACGAUGGUGGCAGCAUCAUCUCCGAAUACGUCAUUGAGCAGAAGCUGAAGGACGAAGAAUGGUCUCUGGGAGGAACCAGCCGACAGUGCGAGCUUGAGGUGAAGAAACUGAAGGAGCACUCCACAGUGUUCUUCAGAGUGGCGGCCAGGAAUGAUAAGGGACAGGGAGACUUUGUUGAGAUGGGUCCUAUCCAGGUCAUCGACUACAUUAUCACGCCUGAGGCCUGCCUUGCUGAGUACCCUGGAAGCCGCAUCUGUGUCCGUCUGGGUCACAACGUCCACAUCGAACUGCCCUACAAAGGUAAACCCAAACCUGCCAUCCUCUGGCUGAAGGACAGCCUGCCUCUAAAGGAGAGCGACCAGAUCCGCUUCAAGAAGACGGAGACCAAAGCCACGCUGAAAAUUAAGAAUGUGACGAAGGAGAAUGAAGGUAAAUACACCCUGACCCUGGACAACAGGGUCAACAGGAGAUCCUUCCACAUCAACGUCAUCACGCUCGGACCGCCAUCUAAGCCAAUUGGUCCGAUCCGCCUGGAUGAAGUGAGAGCUGAGAGCAUCACGAUCUCCUGGGAUGAACCAAAUGACGAUGGCGGCGGAGACAUUGCUUGCUACACCGUUGAGAAGAAGGACACCUCCCAGUCUGACUGGAAGAUGGCCUGCUCCAGUGUAGAGGACACCCAGUACCAGAUCGCUAACCUGAUCAAGGGCAUUCAGUACCAGUUCAGAGUGCGUGCAGAGAACAGAUACGGCAGCAGUGAGCCUCUCGUCUCACAGAGCGUCAUUGCCAAGCACCAGUUCAGGCCUCCAGGCCCGCCCGGUAAACCCGUGGUGUACAAUGUUACCAACGACGGCAUGACCAUCCAGUGGGAGCAGCCCAUCUACGACGGGGGUUGCCCCGUCCAUGGCUUCAAUGUGGAGAAGCGGGAGAAGAACAGCAUCAUGUGGCAGAAGUUGAACACCGUGCUGGUCAAAGAGACGGACUACAGGAUCCUGGAGCUCAUCGAAGGCCUUGAGUACUCCUUCCGGGUCUACGCUCAGAACGACGCCGGCUGCAGCCGAAUGAGUGACCAUAGCAAGUUGAACAUGGCGGUCAGCCCUGUCGAUCCUCCGGGCCAGCCCGACUACACCGAUGUGACCAGUGACUCGGUGACUCUGAAAUGGGAUGCACCCAAACGUGACGGUGGCAGCAAGAUCACCAGCUACAGCCUGGAGAAACGCCAAGGCAAGGGCCGCUGGUUCAAGGCCAACCUGACUGACGUGCACGAAUGCGAGUAUACUGUCACCGGCCUGGCACUGAACGAGCGCUAUGAGUUCAGAGUGACGGCCAGGAACGCCAUCGGCGUGGUCAGCCCUCCCUCCAACUCCUCAGGCUUGAUCGUGGUCAGAAACGAGAAUGCUUCUCCGUUGAUUGAGUUUGGUCCGGAGUACUUUGAGGGUUUGACAGUGAAGGCAGGAGACAAGAUCCGGCUGAAAGCCACCAUCACCGGACGCCCUACCCCUAAAGUGGUCUGGUUCAGAGACGGUGUGUUGGUUACCAAACAGAUGAUGGACAUCAUCAACGUGGCUGGAUCCAGCACGCUGUUUGUCCGGGACGCUGAUCGUACACACCGCGGUCUCUACACCGUGGAGGCUACCAAUGGAUCUGGAAACAGAAAGCAGGACAUCCUUGUUCAAGUCCAAGACACCCCCGGGGAGCCGAUGGGACCCAUGACCUUCAGCAACAUCUCGGAAGGAAAGUGUACGCUGUCCUGGAGCGAGCCGGAGAACGACGGCUGCUCAGAGAUCACACACUACCUCAUUGAGAAGCGUGAGACUGCCAAGAUCUCCUGGGCAUUGGUCUCUGACGAGUGUACAGGGUGCACCUUCGAUGCUAGCAAGCUCAUCAAGACCAACGAGUACCAGUUCAGGGUCUCUGCUGUGAACAAGUUCGGUAUGGGCAGACCUCUGGAGUCCACUCCCGUCAUUGCACAGAUGCAAUACACUGCUCCUGAAGCUCCUGGCACUCCUGAUGCUACGGAGGUGACCGGUGAGAGCAUCACGCUGUCCUGGAUGGCUCCUACCUCUGAUGGAGGUAACCCCAUUCAGUCCUACAUCGUGGAGAAACGAGAGAAGAAGACUGUCAAGUUCUACAAGGUGAUCACCAAGAAGCCCAUUGUAGAGUGUGCCCACAAGGUGCCCAACCUGACGGAGGAUAUGGAGUACGAGUUCCGCGUCAUGGCCGUCAACGACGCCGGCGUGGGAGCUCCCAGUAACGUUUCCUUACCGAUCAAAGCCGCCGAGCCAAAGGACAUUCCCUGUGCUCCGUCUGUGGUGUGUGUGUCCGACUCCACCAACACCUCCAUCAGCCUGGAGUGGUCCCGACCUGCCGAUGAUGGUGGCAUAGAGAUCAUGGGUUACAUUAUUGAGAUGGCGAAGGGAGAAGAAGAGGAAUGGACGAGAGUAAACGAAGAGCUCGUGGCAGAGACAAACUACACAGCGACUUCUCUACAGACCGGCGGCGAGUACAGGUUCAGAGUGGCUGCCGUAAAUCACAUUGGCCGUGGCGAGGAGCGGGAGAUCCCCGAGCCAGCACAUGCCGUUGACAGACAAACGCCACCAAUGGUGGACAUCGACGCCAGCUUCAGGCAGACACACAUCGUCAAACCUGGAGCUUCAGUUAACCUUGGCGUCAACUUCAGAGGAAAGCCAGUCCCAACGGCUACCUGGGUAAAGGAAGAAGGAGAGCUGGGAGUCAAGUCAGAGGUCACAAGUUCAGACGGCUUCAGUUCUUUGAGCAUUGAGAACUGCUCCAGGAGCGAUACCGGAAAGUACACCGUGACCCUGGAGAAUGCCAGUGGCAGCAAGGCUGUCACCUUUACUUUGAAGGUGAUGGACACGCCCGGACCUCCGCAGGCCGUGGCCUUCAAAGAGAUCUCUAGAGGCACCGUCACCCUAGUCUGGGAGCCUCCUCUUAAUGAUGGCGGAGCGAGAAUCCAUCACUAUGUUGUGGAGAGGCGCGAGGCUAGCCGCCGCACAUGGACACAGUCUGGAGGCAACUGCAAGCAGCACAUCCUGAGGAUCCAGGACCUCCUGGAGGGAGUGCCGUAUUUCUUCAGGGUCUCAGCAGAGAACCAGCAUGGCAUGGGCGAGGCCUUUGAGAUAACCAAUCCCAUCAUCGCCACGGCAGAGCCGGCGUCUCCAAAGAGGAUGGACAUCCUUGACACUACUGACAGCACCGUGGUGCUGGGCUGGCUGAAACCAGAGCAUGACGGCGGCAGCCGCAUCCAGGGCUACAUCAUUGAGGCCAAGGCAAAGGAUGGAGACAAAUGGAUGGUGGUGGGCAAUACCACCAAUCUCACCUACACGGUGGAGAAGCUCAACAAGGGAGACGAGUAUAACUUCCGUGUGAAGGCCAAGAACGAGUCCGGCUGCAGCACGCCGAGGGAAACUCUGGUGGCUGCUCUGGUGAAAGAGCCGCACAUUGAACCUGCUGCCGACCUCAGCGAGAUCCCCAACCAACUCAUCACAUGCAACUCAGGAAAGACUUUCACCAUCGACGUCCCCAUCAGUGGCAGACCCGUUCCUAAGGUCACCUGGAAGCUGGAGGAGAUGAGGCUGAGGAACUCCGACAGAAUCUCCAUCCAAACUACAAAGGACCGGACAACCAUUUCCACGAAGGAGGCCAUGAGGGGAGACAGUGGUAAAUACUUCCUCACCCUUGAGAACGUAACCGGAACCAGGACCUUCUCCAUUGAAGUUAAUGUCAUGGGCAGACCUAAUCCUCCCACCGGAACCGUGGAGAUCACAUCCAUCACCUCUGAGUCCUGCGUCGUCAACUGGGAGGCGCCAGAAGAUGACGGAGGUACGCCGAUCACCAACUACAUCGUGGAGAAGCGUGAGUCCGGCUCCACCGCCUGGCAGCUCAUCAACUCCAGCGUCAAGCGCACCACUCUGGAUGUCGGCCACCUCACCAAGUACAUGCAGUACAGCUUCAGGGUGUCCGCAGAGAACCAGUUUGGAGUCAGUAAGCACAUCGAGUCUGAGACCAUCGUCGCCGAGCAUCCAUUCACCCCCUCUGGCUCCCCAACACAGCCCUCAGUGUGCAACGUUACCGCCAACACGAUGACCAUUAAGUGGGAGGAGCCUUACCACGAUGGUGGCAGCAAGGUGACGGGCUACUGGAUCGAGAAGAAGGAAAGGAACAACAUCCUGUGGGUGAGAGAGAACAAGAUCCCAUGCUUCGAAUGCUACAGCAAGAUGGAGGGUCUGGUGGAGGGCCUGGAGUACCAGUUCAGAGUCUAUGCCAUGAACAGCGGCGGCCUCAGCAAGGCCAGCGAGGCCUCCAAGGGGGCCGUCGCCCAGAACCCUGUCGGCACCCCUGCUGAACCCUCUAUCCCCCGUAUCACCGACACCCACGCCGACAGCAUCAGUCUGGCCUGGUCUCGGCCCGUUGAUGACGGAGGCGCCGACGUGAUGGGCUACAUCCUGGAGAUGCAGGAGGCCGGGGCUGAGGAGUGGAAGAAGGCCCACGAGAAGACGCUGCGAUCCGCCGAGCUGACGGUGACCGGGCUCUCCGCCGGGAAGAAGUACUGCUUCAGGGUCGCCGGCAUCAACGUUAACGGCACCGGAGACUUCAGCGAGCCGUGUGCCGAGACCGAGCCCGUGGAGAGACUAGAAACUCCAGACUUUGAGCUCCAUGACGACCUGAAGAAGACCAUCUGCCUGCGUGCCGGCGGAUCACUCCGCUUGUUCGUCAGCGUUACUGGUCGCCCGGUGCCCACCAUCACCUGGAGCAAACCAGGGGUGGACCUGCACAACCGAGGCUUCAUCGACAUCGGCAGCACCUCCACCACGCUCAUCAUCGAUCGGGUGCACCGCUACGACGCCGGGAAGUACACACUGGUGGCAGAAAACUCUGCCGGCAAACAGGAAGUCAACAUCCUGGUCAAAGUCUACGAUACUCCUGGACCCACCGGGCCCAUCAGGAUCAAGGAGCUGACCAAAGAGUCGGCCACCAUCUCCUGGGAGGCUCCGGCGGUGGACGGCGGCGCUCCCGUCAAUAACUUCAUCAUCGAGCGUCGCGAGGCGUCCAUGAGAGCCUACAAGACCGUCACCUCCAAGUGCAGCAAGACGUCCUACAAGAUCGACGGGCUGAUGGAGGGCAUGCUGUACUACUUCAGGGUCCUUCCAGAGAACAUCUACGGCAUCGGAGAGCCCUGCGAGACCCCCGACAUUGUGCUGGUCUGCGAGGUUCCUCUUCCGCCACAAAAACUGGAGAUGAUAGACGUCACCAAGAGCACCGUGACGCUGGGCUGGGAGAAGCCAGAGCACGACGGCGGCAGCAGGCUGACGGGAUACGUCAUCGAGGCCUGCAAGUUCGGCACCGACAUGUGGAUGAAGGUGGCCACGCUGAAGACCACGGACUUCGAGCACACCAUCGAGAAGCUGAACGAGAAAGAGCAGUACCUGUUCAGGAUCAAAGCCAUCAACAGCCGAGGAGCCAGCGAGGCCAAAGAGAUGCUGACGGCCAUCACCGUGCAGGAACAGAGAGUGCUGCCGGUGGUGGACUUCUCCAGUAUUCCUCAGAAGGUGGUGAACGUCCUGGCCGGAAAGACCCUGGAGCUGGACCUGCCUCUGGUGGGCCGGCCUCCUCCCGUCUGCUCCUGGUUCUUCAAAGAUAACAAGAUGAAGAAAACGGAGCGGGUCACCAUCCAGAGCACCGGCAAGUUCUCCAAACUCACCAUGAGCAACACCACCAUCGACGACAGCGGCGACUACGCGCUGGAGGUGAAGAACGUCGUGGGCGUCAUCACCGAGGUCGUGAAGGUCGUCGUGCUCUCUAAGCCCGAUGAGCCCCAGGGCCCACUCAGGUUCGACGAAGUGGACGCAACCACAGUCUCCUGCAGCUGGGACUCCCCCCUCAGGGACGGCGGUGCCCCCGUCAGCGGCUACGCUGUGGAGCAACGUGACGCCCACCGGCCCGGCUGGGUGCCAGUCUGCGACUCCGUCAGCCGACCUACAUUUAAGUUCGAGAACCUCAACGAAGGAGACGAGUACGUGUUCCGCGCCGCUGCCAUCAACCGCUUCGGCACCGGAGAGUUCCUGCAGUCAGAGAUCGUCACCUGCAAGAGCCUGAAGAACGCGCCUGGAACCCCGGGCCGCCCCACCAUCUUCGACGUUUCGCGCGACGGCAUGACGGUGGCCUGGAACCCGCCCGAGGAAGACGGCGGCCUUGAGGUUUCCGGAUACAUCAUCGAGCGCAAAGAGGUGCGUUCGGAGCGCUGGGUGCGCGCCAACAAGAACCCGGUGACCAUGACCCGGUACCGGUCCACGGAUCUGAUUGAGGGCCUGGAGUACGAACACAGGAUCACCGCAAUCAAUGCCCGCGGACAGAGCAAACCCAGCCUGCUGUCCAAACCCGCCGUCGCCACAGACCCCAUCGAUCCUCCUGGCUGUCCCCAGAACCCGAGGAUCACCGACACCACCAAGUCCUCCGUGUCUCUGGCCUGGAGUCCUCCCGACGACGAGGGCGACGCCCGGGUGGACGGCUACCUGAUCGAGAUGCAGAAGGUGGGCAGCAUGGCCUGGAUGAAGUGCAACACCACGCCAUCCCUCAUCUGCGAGUACACACUCACCCAGAUGCCUCAGGGCGAGGAGUUCAAGUUCCGCGUGAUGGCCUGCAAUGCCGGUGGCUCCGGAGAACCCGCCGAGGUGCCAGGAACCGUCACUGUAACGGAGAUGCUCGAAUCUCCGGACUACGACCUGGAGCUGAAGUACAAAGACUUGUACGUGGUUCGUCACGGAGGCGUGGUCCGCCUCUCCGUGCCCGUCAAGGGUAAACCUCACCCGACCUGCACCUGGUCCAAGGACAGUGGCGCCUUCUCUGCCAAGGCCAUGAUCGCCUCCACAGAGGACGCCAGCGAGCUGGUGAUCAAGGGAGCGGAGAGGAGCGACACCGGCGUCUACGAGCUGCUGCUGCAGAACGCCAUGGGCAAGAAGAAGGCCACCAUCAAGGUGAAGGUCAUCGGACGGCCGGCAGCACCCCAGGGCCCGCUGAUGUUCGAAGAGAUCCAAGCCAACUCCGUCAAGGUGUCCUGGAAGACGCCCGAAGACGAUGGUGGUGCAGAGAUCCUGGGCUACAUCGUGGAGAGACGUGAGGCGACGAGGAACGCAUGGUACACCGUGGACUCCAGAGUCACAGAAACACAUCUUCUGGUGAAGGGCCUGUCGGAGGGGGUGGAGUACCACUUCAAGGUGACCGCCGAAAACUCCUUCGGCGUCAGCUCCUCUCUGAAGUCCGAGCAGCCUCUGGUUCCCAAGACCCCCAUCUGUGUCCCCGAGGCUCUCAUCACCGCGCCGGAGAUCGUGGACGUCACCAAGAGCUCCGUGGCGUUGGCCUGGGUCAAACCAAAGUACGACGGUGGCUCUGCCAUCACGGGAUACUUCAUUGAGCACAAACUGGUGUCCGUGGAGACGUGGACGCGGCACAUGGUCGCCGUCAGCUCCACCAUGUUCACACUGUCCGGCCUCAUGCCCGAUGCCGAAUACUCCUUCCGCAUCGUCGCCGCCAACGCCAUCGGACAGAGCGAGUCUGGGCCCGCGUCCGAGCCCGUCACAUGCAAGGAUCCAUUCGACAAGCCUAGUCAACCGGGCGAGAUCGACACGGUUACCGUGGCAAAGAACUCUAUCGCCAUCCGCUGGAAGGCACCAGCGUGUGACGGAGGAAAGGAGGUGCUCGGCUACUGGGUGGAACACAGGAAGUCCAUAGAGAGCAAAUGGACGAAGUCCAGCAAGCAGAGGCUGAAGGAGAAGGAGUUCACCGCCUACAGCCUCGCCGAGGCAACCGAGUACGAGUUCAGAGUGUUCGCCGAGAACGAGACGGGCAUGAGCCGACCACGCAGGACCGCCACCUGCAUCAGGACCAAGCUCAGCGUUGAAACUGCACCGGGCCUGAGAAAGGAAAUGGACGAAGUGACAACCAAACUGGGCCAGCCCGGCGUUAUGAAGUGCCAGAUCAUCGGCAGACCCCUCCCCGACAUCAAGUGGUACCACACCGGCAAGGAGGUCAUAGAGUCCCGCAAGUUUGAGAUGAGCUCUGACGGCCGCAACCACUCGCUGUCCAUCAGCACGGACCAGCAGGAGGAUGAGGGCGAUUACACCUGCAAGGCUCUCAACGACGCCGGCGAGGCCGAGACCACCGGCACGCUGGUGCUGGAGGCCGCUGCACGCUUCCACCCCGACUACCCGCUGAAGGAAACCUACUACGCCGGCCUGGGGUCCACCCUGCGCAUCCACUGCGUCUACAUCGGCCGGCCAGAGCCCAAGAUCAUGUGGCUGCACGGCGCUAAGACCCUGCAGGACACAGACGACAUCAGCAUCGAGACCACCGGGUUCUACACCCACCUGGUGAUCAAGAACGUGCAGCGCAGAAAGCACGGAGGAAAAUACAGAAUCCGGCUGCACAACCACUUUGGCCGGGCGGACACCGCCUUCAACGUAGAGAUCUACGACAAACCUGAGAUGCCUCAGGGCCCCAUCAAGCUGGAGGCUCUGCUGAAGAACUCGGUCAUCAUCAGCUGGAAGGCGCCCGCAGACGAUGGCGGUUGCAUGAUCACAAACUACAUCGUGGAAAAGCGUGAGGACAAGGAAGGCACCGAGUGGGAACUGGUGUCCUCCUCCAUUAACGGCAUCUCCUGCCGCGUGCCCAACCUCAUCGACAGCGCCGGGUACUUCUUCAGGGUUUACGCCCAGAACCGCUACGGCAACAGCGAACCUCUGGAGCUCAGCGCCCCCAUCCUCAUCAAGAGCCAGCUGGAGAAACCAUCACCUCCUCUGUCUCCGGUUGUUUCCGGCAUCACCAAAGACUCCUGCGUGGUUUCCUGGAAGCCUCCUCUCAGCGACGGCGGCUCCAAGAUUAAGUGCUACUGCCUGGAGAAGAAGUUCAAGAAGGACAAGAAGGAAUGGAGCGAGUGGGCCGCGGUGACAAAGGAUGAGAUCAAGCAGACUGUGUUCUCCGCCAAGCACCUGGCCGAGGGCGUCGAGUGCAUCUUCCGCGUGAAAUGCGAGAACCUGGGAGGUGAGAGCGACUACAGCGAGGAGACCGCGCCCAUCGUGCCGGUCACCGCUAUGGAUAUCCGUGCUCCUGCCUUCAAGGAGGAGCUGAGGAACAUGAGCGUCAAGUACAAGAGCAACGCCACCUUGGUGUGCAAGAUCCUUGGCCAGCCCAAGCCUGUGAUCAAGUGGUUCAGACGAGGAAAGGAGAUCCACUCUGACGGAAAGAAGAUCAAGAUCCAGGAGUUCAAGGGAGGCUACCACCAGCUGGUGAUCACCGAGGCGGACGAUGAAGACUCCACCGUGUACCAGAUCAGGGCCACCAACCAGGGAGGCUCCAUCUGCGCCACUGUGUCUCUGGAUGUGGAAAUUCCAGCCAAGAUCAACCUGCCGAAGAACCUGAAGGACAAGGAAGCCAUUCCCGCCCUGCGCGGAGAAGUGGUCAAUAUCAAGAUUCCUUUCAGCGGCAAACCAGAUCCUGUCAUCACAUGGCAGAAGGGACAAGAUCUCAUCGACAGCAACGGCCACUACCAGGUCAUCGUCACCAGGUCGUUCACCUCGCUGGUGUUCUCCAACGGAGUGGAGAAGAAGGAUGCCGGUUUCUACAUUGUCUGUGCCAAGAACAGGUUUGGAAUCGACCAGCAGACAGUCGAGUUGGAUGUGGCCGACGUUCCCGAUCCUCCACGUGGAGUCAAAGCCACCGACGUCUCCAGGGAUUCUGUCAGGCUGAACUGGGUGGCCCCCGCCAAUGACGGAGGCAGCAGGGUCGUCAGCUACAUCAUUGAGAAGUGCCCCACCACCGCCGAGAGGUGGGAGCGCGUCGUCCAGUCCAGAGACACCCACUACACCGUGACCAAUCUCUUCGGAGGAACCAGCUACCAGUUCAGAGUCAUCGCUGAGAACAAGUUUGGACAGAGCACUCCAUCUGAGACCAGCGGACCAAUCAUGACCAAGGAGGACAAAUCCAGAGUCCUGCUGUACGACCAGGAGGUGGACGAUAGUGGUCGCAUCCCCAGGGGCAAGAUUCACUCUGACGUCAAGAAUAUGCACACCAAGUACGCCAUUGCAGAGGAGUUGGGCAGAGGUCAGUUUGGUAUUGUCCACCGCUGUGUGAACAUCACCACUGAGAAGACUUACAUGGCUAAAUACUGCAAGGUGAGAGGCGCUGAUCAAGCGAUCGUCAAGAAGGAAAUCGCUACCCUAAAUCUGGCGAAACAUGAAAACUUCCUGCUCCUGCAAGAGUCCUUUGACAGCCCAGAGGAGCUGGUGUUGAUCUAUGACUUCAUAUCUGGCGCAGACAUCUUUGAGCGCCUCAGCACAGCCGAGUUUGAGUUCAAUGAGCGCGAGAUCGUCAACUACAUCCGGCAGAUCUGCUCGGCUCUUGAUUUCCUGCAUGAUGAGAGCUACGGACACUUUGACAUCAGACCUGAGAACAUCGUGUACACAACUCGAACCGGCUCUAACGUGAAGAUCAUUGAGUUGGGCCAGUCCAGACACCUGACUCCUGGAGACAUCAUCAAAGUCCAGUACACCACUGCAGAGUACGCUGCUCCUGAGAUCCACCAGUGUGACAUGGUCAGCGCCGUCACCGACAUGUGGGCGGUGGGUGUCCUCACCUACGUGCUCCUCAGUGGCCUGAAUCCAUUCACAGCUGAAACAAACCAGCAGAUGAUUGACAACAUCUCCAGUGCCGCCUACACCUACGAAGACGAGUCCUUCAAACAGGUCAGUGUGGAGGCGUUGGACUUCACAGACCGCCUGAUGACGAAGGAGCGUAAACAUCGUAUGUCCGCGGCCGAGGCUCUGGUGCAUCCUUGGCUGACCAAGCCUGCAGAGGAGAUCAGCAGCAGGGCGAUGCAGACCGGCAGACACAAGAGAUACUACCAGACAAUGGAAAAGAAAGAGUGGAAGACAGUUGUCUCCGCAGCCCGUGUAGCCAGCGGCGGCUCCAUCAGAACCCAGCGUGGCGUCUUUGUCUCCAAGGUGAAGAUCGCUCCGUUUGAACACGGCCCUGUCGGAGGCCAGAUCAGCCAUGCCGUGGCGAAAGAGGGAAGCAAUGUGAAAUUUGGCUGCAACAUUGAAAACUACGACAGUACUACUGAAGUCACAUGGUACUGUGGCGUCAGGCAGCUUGAAGCUGGAGACAAAUAUGAAAUUGAAUUUGAGGACGGCCUGGCUUUCAUCACCAUCAACAAGGUCACGAGGGCAGAUGAUGGCACCUACAGAUGCAAGAUUGUGAACGAGUAUGGAGAGGACAGCGCCUACGCAGAGCUGUUUAUCAACGGUGUCAGAUCUUACCGUGACUUCUUCACCGCCCGCGUGGUAAAGAAGACGAAGCGCAGAGUGGACACUGCCAGGAUGCUUCAGAAGCCUCCGGAGUUCACUCUUCCUUUGGUCAACCGCACCGCCUACAUUGGUGAGGACAUACGCCUUAGUGUCACCGUCACAGUUCACCCAGAGCCUCGUGUCGUCUGGCACAAAUCUGGACAGAAACUGGUCCCUGGACAAGAUGAAAAGAAAUACACCUUUAUCAGCGACAAGGGCCUGUACCAGAUGAUCAUCCACAAACUUGAGGAUGAGGACGAUGCCGAGUACAGCGUUGUGGCACGCAACAGUUUCGGUGAUGACAGCUGCAAGGCUCGUAUCACCAUUGUUCCCCGACCUAAACCAGCAGACCUCACCUUGAGGCCAAUGUUCAAACGCCUGCUCGCCAACGUGGAGUGCCGGGAGGGCCAGAAUGUGCGCUUUGAGAUCAGAGUAUCCGGACAUCCCCAAUUGAAGUGGGAGAAGGACGGCAUGCCUUUGGCCUUUGGACCGUCCAUCGAGGUCAUCCAUGAGGGUCUUGAUUACUACAUCCUUCACGUAGGAGGCACUCUGAUUGACGACUCCGGUGUUUACCGAGUCACUGCUACCAACUCUGCCGGCUCCGCCAGCUGCCAGGCAACACUCAAGGUCGAGCGGUCCACUCACGUGAGGAGGGAAGUCGAAAUGAGUGCCAAGGAGAAGAAAGCAAUGGCUGGAAAGGCAGAAAUGGACAAAAAGGUGAGGCUGUCUCAGAUUCUGUCUGACACAGUAUUCAUACCUCUACCACCCUUGGCAGUGCAGGCAGUCAGGGAGGCAGCCUCCAUGUUCAAGCCCGCCGUGACCACAAAGAAGGGGGAGAAGACCGAGGCGGAGAUUCAGAAGGAAAAAGAGGAGAAGAAGAAGCGCGCUGAUGAAAAGAGGCUGCGCAUGCCAUACGAUGUUCCUGCUCCUCGCGUCAUUAACCCUGCGUCUCUCAUGGAGGACGUGGAGAUCAAACACUUCCAGCCACUCUCUGACAUGAAGUGGUACAAGAAGCUGCGAGAUCAGUACGAGUUCCCUGAGCCGAUGGACAAAAUCCAGCAGAAGAGGUUGAAGCGUAUCCGCCUCUCCAGGUGGGACCAGUUCUACGAGAUUCCUAUCAGGAUCAAGGACCAGUAUAAGCCCAAGUGGCGCAUCUCUGCCAUGACUCAGGACGACUUGGAGACCGUGAGGCCUGCAAGGCAGCGCUCUCCUUCCCCUGAGCUGGAAGCCUACCACCGCAUCAGGAGGAGGUCUCUGGGUGACAUGUCCGACGAGGAGCUCCUGCUGCCUGUGAAAGAGUACCUGUCCAUGAAGAGGACUGAGGAGGAGAGGCUUCGUCUGGAGGAUGAGCUGGAGUAUGGUUACUCUGCUUCCCCACCCAGUUUCAGCCCGGUGCGCUUCGAGCUGUCGGCCCUGCGUCCAUCAUCCCCAAGAAAAGCCUACCGCGAGGACGAAGAGGCGGAAGAGGCCUGUAGAUACGACUCCUAUAGAAUCCCAUCUAAAUACGAGGCCGGACCCAGUUACGUUGACCUCCGCCAGCGACACGACAAAGCCACCCACAGACCUCAAAGACAGAAACAGAGGGUGCAUGAGGAGAGAGAAGACCAGGAGCUGCUGCGCCCUCACACAACCGGCCAGAGGUUAUCCACCUACAAGAGUGCGCUCAAACGCAUGGAGUUUGAGGAGAAGACUCGCACCUCUAAAAAGGAAACAACUGUCACCGUCUCGACCUACUCUAAGGACGUUGAAUCUGAACACCUCACAUCCUUCACCUCCGAAUAUAUGCCCAAACCAAUCAAGAAGCUCGAAACACCUGAGCCCCACAUAAGGACAUCACGUAGCCAAGAAAGGUCUGCCGUGUCCGAUGUGGCCCUCACUAAAGUCGACUAUGCCUCCAGGUAUGAGGAGAGAAAGAUGGCUCUGAGAUCGGAGAGGAAAUCGGUGGAGAGGACUUUCGAGACUGUGACACAGGCUCCCUUCAGUCUUGACCACGGCCCCCGGAUCACCAUUAGGAUGCGGUCGCACCGCGUACCCUACAGCUCCAACACCAGGUUCACCCUGAACAUCCAGGCCAGACCCGAGCCAGAGGUCAAGUGGUUCCACAAUGGGAAAGAGAUUCAUCAGACCGGCAAAUACCACAUGAGCCACCUCAGUGGGGUCCUGACUCUCAGGAUUAACAACUGCAUGACUGAAGACUCCGGCACGUACCGCGUGGUCUGCACCAACGCCAAGGGAGAGACUUCGGACUACGCCACGUUGGAUGUGGCCGGAGAGGAAUACGCUGCCUUCUCCUCGCUCCGCAAAGACGAGGAGCCUCCGUCCUCCCAUCUCCCAGAGAUGACCCGGACAGAGGAGUAUCACAUGUCCUCCUCGAAGACAACCGUGAUGGAGAGCAGGACUGAGACAAAGAGCACCACUGUUGUUGUUGAGAAGCGUAAGGAGAAGACGACUUCUCCAGCCAAGAUCCUGAGCAAACCUCACUCCCUGACAGUGGAGGAGGGAGACUUCGUCAGGUUUGAGUGCGAUGCGGACGGCGAACCGGCGCCUUCAAUCACCUGGCUCCACCAAGGAUCCUCCAUCGGAUCCUCUUUCCGUCACCACAUCGUCUCCACGCAGCGCAGCUCCUCCUUAGAGAUCUCCACCGUGGAGAUGUCGGACGAUGGCAGCUACUCCGUGCUGGUGGAAAACGCCGGAGGCAAACAAGAGGCCCAUUUCACUCUGACCGUCCGCAAGUCCGAAUCCAAGGAGAAACUGGCGGCCAGAAUCACCUCCCCUGAGGCCAAGUCCCCCAUACCAGUCAAGUCCCCCGAACCAAUCAAGUCUCCUCAGAGGGUCAAGUCCCCGGAGCCAAUCAAAUCCCCUCUGAGGGUCAAGUCCCCGGAGCCAAUCAAAUCCCCUCUGAGGGUCAAGUCCCCGGAGCCAAUCAAAUCCCCUCUGAGGGUCAAGUCCCCGGAGCCAAUCAAGUCUCCACAGAGGGUGAAGUCCCCAGUCUCUCCAAAGUCCCCGACUCCGUAAAGAUGCCCCCGACUGAUGGACACUGAGCCCGGAGACCCUGAUCACGUCUGCUCCAUGUAAAAACCUAAAAGUUAAUUUAUUUCCCCGCUCCCCUACUCCAGAACCUUUGAUUUAGUGAAUUAGCAAUGAUCAUUUUUACGUGAGAACGAUCUGGAUUCCUGUUUUGUAAAUAUGAACUAUUUUUGUACCAAACUUGACAUUAAUUUAUGCCAAACUAGACUCACGUCUAACGUUGUUAUAAAAUGUGCCAUAUUGGACAAUUAAGACGUAGGAUUUUUGAACUGUGACAUGUACAUAAUGUAUAUAGCCGAAUUGAACGGUUAUGGGAAAUGUAUGCAUUGUUAUUUAUGACAAUAUUACCUGAAACAAAGAUGAACACGUUUCACCAGGAGAAAGUUUCCCCAGGAACGAAUACCCUGAGAAGCGAGAAACGAAACUCUGUGCCUCAACGAUCAGUUGAAGUCUAAAGCUGGCCUCGGCAGGUAGAGCGGCUCCCUGCCGACGAAACUCAGACAAACUUAUUAUUUUGGAUCUUUCCGUUUCUGACGGAGGACGAGGCCCUGAGCGCUGUGUGCUAACCCUCAUGUACGCAGCGUGAACCGGCCUCGCCCCCCGCCGACGUGUCGAUGAGCGCGCUCUCACCGUCUCAGUUAUUAAUUAUUCAUAUUAUUUGUAUUCUGAGCGCUGCUCUGCACGGCGCGGCGGCUGCGGCUAUCUGUCGCUGUGCUGCACAGAGCAGCGCCACUCUGGAGGAUCGCUGUGUGUGUGUGUGUGUGUGUUAGCUGAUAGCGGGCUCCUCUUUAUCCAGCAGCGUCUCCAUCUGCUGCAGAGGAAGCUAACGUCUGAACUUCGAUCUGUAGACCUUUAUUGCAUCCUCCUUGAGUUAAUGCAUUUCUGAUUUAAUAAAGCAUGAUUCAGCACUA